AUGCCAUCGUUUUUCGGUUUACGAUUUACACAUUUCGGUGAGUUUUUGGGAUUUUUUCGAAAAAAAUAUUGUGUUUAUGUAAUACUUGAGAUAUCGGGUUAAGAGGAGAACAACUGUAAUAUAAUAUGAAUCACUCGAGAAAUAUAAAAAAUUAGCAUAACAGUAUUUUUUUAAUAUGGCGUGAGAAAAUAUCAAUGAGAUUGAAUAAUAAAAACUGAAAAGAAAAACUAUACAAUUUGGCCAGAAAUAAUAAGAUUUGGCUUCAUGAUAAAGGAUAUCGGAAAAAAUAAUUCAAAAGGAUAAAUAUAAAACCUCGAAUUUUUCAAGCUAAUAUUCUACAGUGUUUUUUUACUACAUCAAACCACUAGACCUCAAAUUUUUCCAAACACUUUUCUGGUAGAUCAAAAGUAUUUUUCUCUAAAUCUCUCACUUUUACGUUGAUUAUCGUCGCUUUUAUUGUUAGUCCAAUCCCUAAGAUUGUGUCAGGUCUCAAACAUUGCGGGAAUAUUUUUUCGUGUAGUUAAUUACACGCUGUGUUUUCGAAUGGUUUGCGAAAAAAUGAAAAUCCCAAUUUUUGAAAAAAAAUAAAAACAACGAAAAUAGGGAGUAAAUAAGUAUAACAAUUUUUAUCGCCACGUGUCAUCUGCCAAGACCUCCACUCUAAUUAGUAUAUACAAAUAGAGUUAGUUUAUAUUAUUAUUAUCUGUGCGGUCCCUCAAAUACCUCCCAUCAUCAUAUUAUUCUCAUAAUACCUCCUCCCUUUUCAAGAGUUUCCAUUUCCUCUCUCUCUCUCUCUCUCUAUUUCUCCUAAUAAUUGGUUAUCUAUCGUUUUUUCUCCGCCUCUCCCGACCGACUGGACAGGACACAGGACAGGACAACUAAAUAGUUUUGAUAUUUGUUUCGUGUGUGUUUAUGUGUUGUGUGUUGCCUUUUAUUCAUAAUUGACACACUUUCUGAAAUUCUAUCAAUUUCAUUCAUUUUCCAUAUAUUCCUAAUCUCAAAGGAAACCCCCCUAAAGGUGUUAUGUCAACAUCGCCCCCUGCUAGACCCUGUUGUGUCUGUUUUCGUUUUCGACAACGUGAGUUCAAAUUUUAAUAAUUGGGCCCAAUUGUCCUUCUUUUCUUUCAACUAAUCGAUUCUUACGUAAGAGUAGUUUUUAGUUAAAAAAUUCAAAAACUUUGCAAUUUUUUAACAGCAAAAAUUGAUAAGAAUAGUAAAUAAUCUGAUAAAAUUUGUGCCCAAAAAUAUAAAUUAUGCAUUUUUUGAAAUUUCCAGACGAAGACGAAAAAGCACAAAAAAACACAUUCACACGAUGGAUAAAUUUUCAUUUGGAAGAGCACAGUUCAUCUGGCCGAGUUGAAGAUUUGUUUGAAGAUAUUAGAGAUGGAGUUUUACUUUGCCAUCUCAUCGAAGUUCUCACCGGAGAAGCUCUUGUAAGUUUUUUUGUUGGGUGAGGGAAACAAUUUCGGGCUCUGAACGGGAAAAAUUGUUCGUAUUACAAAAGUUGCUUUUAGAAGUUCAGAAUUUUACACUUAAUCUAUAUUUUGAGCUUAGACUUUAUCAAAUGUAGUUUUUCUUUAAAUGUAACCCCCUCUUUUUCCUCUUUUCCUGUUCAGUGCCCAAUUUUGUACGACACAGUGUUUUCUCAAAAAUUAUUACAAUUUUUUAUUUUAUGAAUAUUUGUCUAAUCGAUAAAAUGAGAAUCAAAGAAAUAUAUUUAGUGUUUCCCUUCAAAAGUACACGAUAUAAUACAUUUUUGAAGUGAUGUGCAAAUAAAAUAGCAAAAAAUGAUAUGUGUUUUUGUGUUUACACUUAAUCAUAGCUCUUAUCCGCCCGAAAAAAAUACAGGAAAAAAUAAACAAAACUUCUCUUGCAGGCUGUCCAUAAAGGAAGAGUUUCAAAACGUGUUCAUCACGUGGCAAAUCUCACAACAGCUCUAACUGUUCUUCGCCGUCGUGGACUCGAACUCAUUAAUAAUAAUGCGGCUGAUAUUGCCGAUGGAAAUCCACGAAUUGUGCUCGGACUCAUCUGGCAAAUCAUUUUACAUUUCCAGGUGAGACAAUUUAUUGACAAUUCUUAUUGUGCGGUGCGAAAAAAAAACGUGGCAAGGUCAGAAAAUGAUUUAUUAGCCUUUUUUGAAGAUGCGAUAAGUUAGGUGUUUCUUCCGUUUCAUCUUUUUUUUGCAUAGAAAAAAUAUUUCUACGGGUUUGUUCCGGAAAAAAAAGAAAAAAGUCGGAUUACAGUAAUCUAUUGUUUGAUCAAGGUCAUUUCAUGAGAAGAUGCAUAAACAAAAAUACAGUAACUCAAGGAAUUAUUAAAGGGGGAAAGUUAGAACACGAAAAAUCAAUUAUCUGAAAAUUUCGAGUAGCCCACGCGUAGUAAUACCCCAAAGAGAUUUUCCAAGAAGCCUAGACACGUUAGAGGGUUUUGAGAAAAACACCGGGACAAACCAGAAUUUUGAAAUACAAUUUUGUCAUCCCACCUUUAAUAUUCACAAUAAACUAAUUUAUUCUAGAUUGAAACAAAUAUAAUUUUGCUCCGCGAUUGGGGAUGGGCAUCAACAUUGGAUGAACAUCCAACUGUCACUCCACCACCAUCAAUUCAAACUGCACCAGUUUCACCCUCACCAUCAUCCUCAAAACGAAGUCUUUCUGGAAGUAAGACGUCGAUUGCCUCCGGGGAAAAGGCAACUCCAUCGUCACCACUUCGACAAAGAAUUGCUUCGUUUUUGACACCAAACAGUGGAAAGAAACAUCCGAAAUUGUCUACAAUUCCAGUCAAACAAUCUGUUGAACAAGUAUUUUUGAGAUGGAUCAAUUCUGAAAUUGGAGAGUGAGUUAAUUUUGCGAAAAUUUCAAAUUGAUAUUUUGUUGGCAACUUCUCUGAAAAAAUGGCUACAGUAAUCUCAAAACAUAAUACUAUAGGGAUUACUGUAGCCAAACUCUAAUAAUUUGUUUGUGUUUCAUUUUGGUGUCACUUAAUUUGAUAGAGAUUUUUUUGAAUUUCUAUUAUCUUUAAAAUUUAUUUUUUUGUUGAUCCAACUAAUUUUGUCUCAAAUUUCAGAUUAAUUGAUGGAAGACGUGUUGAAAACAUGGACAAACAAUGGCGUGAUGGUGUUUUAUUCUGUGCAUUAGUUUCUCGUUGGCGUCCAGAUAUUAUAAAUAUGCGCGAAGUGACAAAUGCAAAUCCACGUGACAAUCUCGAAUUAGCAUUUAAUUCAGCUCAUCAAAAUCUUGGUAUUCGAAGACUUUUAGCAGUUGAAGAUAUGAUGAUUGAGAAACCGGAUAAAAGAUCUGUGAUUACUUAUGUUUCACAAUUUGUCAAAAUGUUUGGAGAAAGAUCACCAAUGCAAGGAAAAGAACAACAUGAAGUAUUUUUGAGUUGGCUUGAAACUACUUAUAUGAUUCUCACAGAAAAAGAUGUUGAAUUAAGUAAUCAAGAAUUUUCGAGACUUCGAAGAGAAUUCAUUGAAUUCCGUCCACUUUUCAAUACAAUAAUUGUUACCAAAAUAAGUUAUGAAGUUGAAGAAUUGGUGGAAAUCGAGAAGAAAUGGGAUAUUAUUCGUGAAUGUCUCGAAAAACACGCUCGAAGAUCAGAACGUGAACUUCCUGAACCAUUUGCUUCUUUAUCCGCGUGGGUUUCUGGUGCUGAACAUAUUUUGUCACGUCCACUUAAUUUGAACAAUAAUGAUGCCAAGACAACUGUCUCCAAUUUGCAAGCAUUGAUUAGUGAACAUACGGUAUGAUUUAUUUGACACUUUCGUGUUUUUAAACAUUUAAAAAUAAUUUUUUUCCAGAAAUAUUUCGCUAAUCUUGAAACGAAACAAAAAGAACUGGAAGAAGCAGUUAGACAUGGAGGUCUUGGUGGAAGACCGGUUGCUCCUGAGUUCAGUGAAACUACACGAGUUAGAUUCGAACAAGUUGAACAAGACAAUCAACCAAGACUUCAAACUCUAAAUAUUCUUGUUACUCAAUACCAUCUACUUCAAUAUUUGCAACAUAUUGAAGAAAAAAUGGUAUUGUGGAAAACUGCUGAUAGUGUUACAUUACUACUUCGAUGGAUCAAAGAAUACAAUCAAUUGAAUGCUGAAAAUCCACAAGCAAAAUGUGCAAAAUAUUUGAAUAGAAUAAGAACAACAAUUUCAAAUGAUAAUAGCAGUAAAUUGGAUGGAGAAUUGAUAUUGAAAACAUCGACCGAAAAAACAAAUGAAACAAUUCAGAAGUUUGAAUCACUUUAUGAAGAAUUGAGAAUGUUGAAAACUGAAUGGGUUGAAUGGGAAACAAGUAUGCAACAUUUAGAAAAAGUGGUCGAUGAAUGCACAAUUAAUGAAACAAGACCAAAUUUCGAAGAUGAACAACAUUUGGCAACAAUUCAAAGUCAAGCUGAUCAAUUAGCUGUUAAAUUAGGUGCUUCCGCUCGUUUGGCUAAUAAUCAACGAUUGGAAGUUUUGUCAAAUCGGUUCAAAAAAUUACUUCAAGAUAAUCAUAAGAAAAUUGGUGGACGUCUUGUUGUCGAAUUAGAACCAAGUACUUCGAGACAAAGUUCAACAAAAAUCUCGUAUAGUUGGCAAGCUGCCGAUGAAUUGCUAAAAGUUGAGGUAAGUAUUUCAUAUUAUUUGUAAGCUCAAAAUUAAAAUGUUUAUUCAGAUGAAACUUCGUGACCGUCUUCAGAGAGGUGCUGAAUCUGAAGAUAUGGAAACUCAAGCGGAUUCUCUUCGUUUUAUCAAAUCGAGACUUGUUGAAAUCGAACAAUUACACGAACUUUAUGAUCAGUAUAGUCGUGAUACGGUAGGUUCAAUUUUCUUUUAAAAUGAAAAAUAACUCGUGAGCUCUGAACUUUUUUUUGCUUAUUUUUCAAUUUUGCCACGAAAUCCGAUAGCCUGCGGCUGUUCUUUUUCAAAUAAAAAUAGACAGCAAAAAACAAUUUCAAUUUUUUUUCGAGAAAACAAAAAGAACAGAAUCUGCUUCCGGCAAAUUUUUGUUUCAUAAAAUUGAAAAACGAUCCAGAAAAAAAUGAAGUAAUAAUUUAUAAUUGUCACAUCAAACCAGAAACCGACAUUGAUUAAUCGACGAAUCUCAUCUUUUUUCUCUUUUUUUCUAUUGGCAAGACCUUUCAAAAAAUUGUUAUCAAAACUUUGUGUACGGUCUUUUUUCAAGGCCAAUCGAGACAGUAAACAGACAGGCGCGUAAUUUAUUUUUUUAUGUAAAGAGAAAAAAAGAAGAUAAAAACAAAGACUUGGAUUUUUCAGAUAAAUACAGCUGAUCGUGAUCUUGUCAGAAAUGAUAUGGCAACAAUUAUUUUUGAGUUGCAACGGGGACAAUUCUCCAAUUUUAUUGAUCUCACUCAAUACGCGUUCGUAUAUGACGAGUAUAACCAGGUUAAUAUUUUAGACGAGAAAAAAAAACAAUUAUAGAACAAUUAAUUUCAGAAACCGGUGAAACUAACUGAAAACGUGUUGAGCGAAGAUUAUGUUCGCGAAAUAAUUGAUAGAAAACAAGCAAUUCUUGAACGUCGAGAGCACAAUGAAGAUGAAAUUCGUGAAUCGAUUCGAGAUAUGGAAGAAUGUGAUCGUAUCAUUGAAGGAUGGAAUAGUUCUCGAAUUGAAGAAAUUCGUGCCAAAUGGAAUAUUAAAUUAUCCGAAUUCGAAUCGUGGCAUGAAAUGAUGCAUCAAGUCGUAGUACUUUCACAGUCAAUUAUAACUCGUUUAGAUGUUACUGUUCUUACAACAAUUCGAGUACUCUAUCAAAAAUCGUAUGAAAUUGAGAACAGUGAAUUGGGUGUAAGCUUGAGAGAGGCACUCAAUCAAUUGGCAUCAACUAGUGAAAUUGCGGUUGAGCAACAUUUGAAAAAUCUGGAAUUCAGUAAUGAAGAAGAUUGUCCACAUGCAAUUCAAUUCCUUCAGGUAAGUCAAUCAAAACUAUAUUUUUCAUAGCUAAAACUACAGUUUUAAUGAAAAUUGAAUGAUAAGAUUUUAAAUGCAACAUUUGAUUCUGACAAAAACGUUCCUGUUGGUUUGUAUAAAACAAAUCGGGAUAUUACAACAUUCCCGUAUGUCUGUGUAUCUUCUUCUUUUAUAAUAUUUCUCAUCAGCAUUUCAAUAGUUCACCGCCCAUCAGCCCUCUUUCUAUCUCUACGUUUCUCCAUUUUUCUUCUUUCAUAUUAUUUUUUCUUUUCACCUGAAACAAAUUCCAAACAGCCAACUGCUUACAAGAUUUUGAAAUUAUCUUGCUUCAAUUUUUUUGACACUUGCUGUUUUUUCUGAUAAUAACUUGAGAAUAAUAAUCAGCACUUUUUCGUUUCUCCCAAAAAAAUGUAUAAUGCAAUGUGGCAAGUCCAAGGGCAUUUUUUCAUUUAGAACGAGAGAACGGACAUGUUUGUUGUUAGUUCUUUUGUUAGUGAGAAAUGAAACAUACACACUUUUUUUGAACUGAAUCUUUUUCAUUCCGACUGUUUGAUAUAGAAAAAAGUUUUCCCUUUUUUUUGAAAAAAAAAUUCAAUAGAAAAAUUUCAACCAGAUGCGCCACCUGUUUUAUUGUGUUUUUUCUUUAGUUAGUAAACAUUUCUUUUAAUGAUUUUGUUGUUCGAGUUCUCAUAGCCAACACAAAUUUUUUCACAUUUGAUCUGUAAUUUCUCUGACAACAGAAAUCGAUGUUUGUUCAGUUAGUCUCUGUAUGCGUCUGUUUCUUUUUGAAGUACCGAACUAAUCAUUGUUGCAAAAAACGCAUGACUACCGAUGUGUUAACAACAAUUUUUUUGAGUACUCACUAAAAUUAUCUUGUCGAUCAAUCAAUUUUUUUCACUUCCCGAAAUUUUGUUCGGGUUCGUUCAUUUUUGCAAUCAUCUUAUCAGCGGCAUCAUCUUUGUUUGUUAAAUAAAUGUAGUACCAAACUCCGGUGCCCUUUUUUUCUGUUCAGUUCUCAUUUUCAAAUCAAAUACACAUUGUGUCUUUGUUUGAGUGUGCUUUCACAUAACUACUGAAUUUAUUCGUGAAAAAAAUUUAAUAUUGCAUUUUUCAAAUUUGUUGGUAUAUUGCACGAGUUGACUGUGGUUUGAGGUGAUUUAAGCGCAUAUUUUUUCGUAAUUUCUGAUUGACCUAACUGUUCUACCGUAAUCUAAUACAAUAACAAUAAAAAUAAUUUCUCAUACAUGAAUUUUUAUCGAUUAUUGUGGGAAAUUUACAUUUACUACCAUAAAACGUCUUUCUAGUUUUCCGAAUAUUUAUUUCAAUUUCUAAUCAUUUUUUUAAAACUCAAGUAUGUAUCGAUUUCUUCCGAGAUUGUUAAUUCCUGUUUGUUUAACUUUUUUAUGUUUCGCUUGGUUUACACGUAGGCUUCUUGCAAAAAAAGAAACAUCUCAUUGAUGCUAUCGCUCAUCCCAUCAAAAAACACAAAAAACGAAACAAAACAGUUGAACUAAUCUUUUCUUUUUGCAGGAGGUUGGCCGAGACUCAGUCUCUACUUUAUCACCAGCAGUUGACGAUCGAUAUACAACAACUUAUUCUGUGCUCCUAAUUAAAAUGGAGCUCUUCCGACGUUUGCAAAACUUUUGCGACGCGGUAAAAUACCUUCGUAAUAAAAAUGCAAAUUGGAAUUCUAUACAAAUUUCGCAGGUGAGUUCUAUUAUUUUUUAAUAACGUUCCUCGCUGUUUCUCUUUUGUUAUCAGAAGAAACAAUGUUGCGAAAAUAAAGAAAAGGUAAUCAAUUCAACUUAAUUAAAGUAAAAGUUUGUUGAUUCAUCGUUUCUUUUCUCUAAAGUUUCUGCAAAGUAAAUAUUCUCAACAAAUAAAUAAUAUUUUAAACGUUUUGUUUAAUGUGAAAUUGAAGGAAUCAAAAAACAUAGUAGAAUUGAAAGUAAUAUACCCCAUACAGAAUCUGAAAUUCAUUUCUAAAAAACAAUCAUUUUUUUUCCAGAUUGACCAAGUACAGUCUGAGAUCGACACCCUUAUUGUGCGUCUCGACGAGGAAUGGUCUGAUGAUGCACAAAAACUUCGCAGUGAACUUGCCAGUAUUCAUGGUAGUUUCUUCCAAUUAGAAUUUGAUAGAUUGAACGAGAAGUAGGUUUUUCAAAAAAUGUCUCAAAAUAUAGUUCAAUAUUUUCUAGAUUGAAUUUACUGAUACACGAACUCGAUAAACUUCGUGAAUUAAUGAUAAACCGACGUGAAUAUUUGACUGCUGCCAAUGAAUUGAUUACUGAUUCUACAACUGAUAUCCUGAACCGUGCCACCUCUAGCGAUCGCCCUGACGACGUUCUUCGUGCGGUUAGUAUUAUUUAUUAUCAAAUAAAUCGAUGCAUUUCUUAUUGUUUCAGACAAACGAAGUAUGUAGUUCCCUCGAACAAAAAGGAAUUGAGUUACGAAGACUCGGCGAAUUGGCUGAUAUGAACAUAACCGAUCUCGUCGUCGUUGCUCUUAUUCGUGCUUUCAGACGACAACAACUAGGAAGUGUUAGUUUUGACAAUUAUUCAAAUGUUGAAAAAAUGAAAUGUAUUUUCAGGAUGGAGAACCAAAUGUUGAACAUCUGGAACGAGCGAUACGGGAAAUACUCGCUCGUCAAAUUCCAGUGAUUAACAGUAAAGCUUCACCACAAGAAAUUGUAUCGGAGAUCCUCCGCAUGAAGGAACAAAAAGAACAAGAUCAAAAGUUGAUGGACGAGAUCAAAAUUGCAACAUUAUCCGAAGAAGAUCGAGAAAAAAUUGGUCGUCUUACAACUGAUCUGGAAAAUAAACUCAGAAAAGAAAACGAAUAUUUUGAAAAAUAUGUUUUACUUUAUCUGGAUUGGUUGAGUCACAAAUUUGAUGAUAUUGAAGACGAAAUUGGAAUGUUGAUACAAACAAGCCGAGCUAAUGAUUUGAAAAUUAUGAACGAUUCUUUGUGGUCACAAUGGAAAACUGAUGUUAGCGAUAUCGAAAGAAACAUUGGACCCGAUGCAAGAAAAUCAUUGAGUGCUGAAAUUACGGAUUUACAUCGCAAAUCGGAUUCUUUGAAUGGAAAAAUCAACAAGUAUUUGACACAUUCGGCCAAAAUCAACUCGAAAUUAUCACAGUUUGAACUUUGGCUUGAUGCGAUGGAACAUGAUAUCGAAGAGACAAGAAAUAUUGAAGACCCGGAAAGAUCACAUCGUUUCAGAUCUUUAUAUGAUGUUGCUCUUGGUAAAAAACGACUCGUCUUGAAACUUGAACGACUUAAUGUAGCGAACAAAGAGGAAGUGCUGCUCCUCUGCGAACGUUAUCAUUCAAUCAUGCAAACUCUUACCCCAUAUCAUUCUGUUGGACUACCCCUUCAUAUUUCGACCCUGGAUAGAACACCCCAAUUCCAAUCACAGGUAAUUAAUUGAUUGAUCAAAAAUUAAAGGACCACAAAAACAUUUCAAACUAUUCCAUAAACUUUUGGAGCACGCAUCGCAAAGUUUGAAAAAAUUUUACGGAAUAUUUUUUCGGAUCGUUUUAGGCCUUUUGAGAAAAAUCCCUUGAGGCUUUUACUAUUCGAAAAAAAUGUUAUACUGUUAUACCCUAAACCAUUUGUUUCCAUAUUUAGAUAUCUGUGUCGUCAAUCGCUUCAUCGGAACUUGAACGCCCUGAGUCGGUGAUGUCAUUCACAUCAUCAAUCGGAGUUAUUCCUGCUGAUGUUAAAAAUCUCUCACCAUUUGAAACUAAACUGAACAAGCUUGUCAAAAAACUUCAUGAUGUUGAAUUAUCGUACUUGAAUGGACCAAAACCACUCGAUAAAGUGAAAAAGGAUAUCAUAAAGCUCGAGGUGAGUUGUUCAGUAAAAUUUUUUAACGCUUCACAAUAUAUGUAUUCAGAAGUAUCGAAACACAUGCUCCGAAUUUUUGAACCAAUUAAACGAUAGUUCCAUUGAAGAUGCUGAAAAAGAAGGUCUAAAACAUCGAUUCGCUUUGUUACUGACAAACUACGAUGUGGGUUUAGCUAUUUUUUUUCACAAAAAAUAAAAAAACCAAUUUAUAGGACCUACUCAAGUCAUUGAAAGAUGAGACAAAAGAAGAAGAAGAUCUUAUCAUUAAAAAUCGAGAAAUUCUUGAUGAACUCCAGGCUGCUGAGAAUAAGAUUCAAGAUCUAGAUAUCAAAGAUAUCGACAUUACGGGUGAACUUGACCGAAUUCAAAUGCAAAUGGACCUUCUGAAAGUAAUGUCGAACAAACCACGAAAAUACGUGGAAUGUGGUGUAAUUGAGAACAUUCGCGAAAGCUCACCACAAGAAAAACGCAAAGGCAAGAAAAAAGUUCUUGUCAUGGUGUCAAACACUAUCACAACUAUUAUUCACAAAGUAGAAGAACGACUUGAAACUCUUGAAAAUCCAGCUGAACACCAAGCGGUUCAAGAGAAACUUACAUCAGUUAAAGUAAGUAUAUUUGUCUACGAAGCGUAUUGUAAUAAUUAUUUUUUAUUUAGGAAAACCUUCGUGAGUUGGAAAUUUCAACACCUCUACCAACUCCGUCUGGUAUUCUAUCCCCAGUUGGAAUAAAUGACCGUAAUGAUAUUGAAGAAGUAGGUCGAUUAGUUAGCGAAAUUGAUAGAGCAAUUGAUACUGCCGAUACUAUGGUCAUUGAAUCGCCAACUGAUGUUGAUACACUGAAAUCAGCUAGAGAUUUGAUGGAUGAUCAAAAACAAACAUUGAAUCAUUUGAAUGCAGUGGUUGAUGGUAUUCCUAUAGAAAACGAGCAAGAUAGAAUCGCAGCUGUUGAUAUGUUAUCCAAUGUUGGAGAAAGAUAUGAUAAUGUGAAAACACAAAUCGAUGAUGCAUUGGAUGAAUUGGAACACUUCAACAACUGGGAUGAUAUUCCUGUUGUAGUCAAAGAAGACAUCUCUAAACAACCAAAGAUUGAGCUCAAAACAGAUCCGAAUGCUAUUGAUCAUUUCCAAUUGAAAGACAAUGUUAAUCCAAUAGAUAAUAUUGCUGAUCUUUGCAAACAAAUACAAGAAGCUGUUAAUGAUGCAGAUCAAUUAACAAGUGCAAGUGAUAAUGUUGACGCGCUCCAACUUGCAAGCGAAAAAUUGGCGUCACAAGACAAAACGAUGAAGAAAAUGCACGACAUCAUCGAUAACAUCGACUGGGAUGAACCGGCAUUGAAAAUUGAUAUUUUAGACAGACUUGGAGGAAUUCAAGAACAGUUCAAUAAUGCAUUAUCAAAUAUCAAUGACAAAAUCGAUGAAUUGAACUACGGUGCACCAGGAUUAUCAGAAAUUCAGGUUGGCGAAUCAGAAAAAUAUGAGCCGGAAACAACUCAUGUGACUGUUCCGAACAGAGUAAGUUGUAGUUUAAACAAGAUCUAAAUAAAACAUAAAUUUACAGGAAAAUCUCAAUUUCACCAAUGUCGAUAAUCUAGUUCAAAAAUUACAAGAUGUAAUCGGAGAAUGCGAGGAUGCCGCUUUCAAAGAGAAUCCUACAGCAUCUCAACUUGAAUUUGCAAUUGAAAAAUUGAACGAUUCAAAGAAUGUUCUCAAUGCAAUUAUAUCACAAGUUGAUGAUUUAAAUAGUGAAGAAUCACCUGAAGCAGCUGAAGCUGUUCGAACUCUCGCUGGAAUAAAUGAACAAUAUAAUGCUGUUAUUGUUAUGCUACAGGAUACACUUGAUGAGGUUAGUAAAAUACAAAAAUUCUCUCACAACAUACAAUUUUAGAUGCCACAACCUGUUGAAAGUUCAUCCGAUGUUUCUUCAAUUCUCAAUGAGCUUGACGAGUUCAAGAAAUUACCUCCUGAGACUAUUGAUUUGGAUCUAUUGAAGUAUAUUCAAAACGAUCUCGAUCGUUUCCCAUCUGAUCAACAACAACAAGUUAUUGACAAAAUCAAUGAACUUCGUGAACUAUCAAGAACCAAUGUAAGUUUUUCAAAUCGAGAAUAAAAACAAAACAUUUGACAUUUUAGAACAAGAAAGAAUCAGAUGCUGAUGAUAUUAUCAAUGAACUUGAAUCAAUGAAACUAUUGCCAGCUGCAACUAUUGAUUUGGAUCUUUUGAAUUCGUUGGAAAACGAUGUUGACCGUUUGCCCAAAGAGAAACAACAAGACUUGCUCACAAAAAUCAAGGAAUUGCGAGAAAUGGCUGAAGUGUUCGUACCAUCAUCGAAUAAUGAACAAACUGCUUCUGAGGAAGAAGCCGAUUCAAUAUUGAAAGAUCUCGAAGAACUCAAAAAACUACCAGCGGAAACCAUCGAUUCAAAUAUGCUCGAUUUCAUUGAAGGUGAUUUGGAUCGUAUUCCAGAAAACAGAAGAAAAGAUAUUAUCGAUAAAAUUAACGAGCUUCGAGCAAUUUCACUGUUGCCAACAAUCGGUGAAGUUGAAGAAACUACUUCUGAGAAGGAAGCCGAUUCAAUAUUGAAAGAUCUCGAAGAACUCAAAAACUCCGAGCGGAAACCAUCGAUUCAAAUAUGCUCGAUUUCAUUGAAGGUGAUUUGGAUCGUAUCCCAGAAAACAGAAGAAAAGAUAUUAUCGAUAAAAUUAACGAGCUUCGAGCAAUUUCACUGUUGCCAACAAUCGGUGAAGUUGAAGAAACUACUUCUGAGAAGGAAGCCGAUUCAAUAUUGAAUUAGAUCUCGAAGAACUCAAAAAACUCCGAGCGGAAACCAUCGAUUCAAAUAUGCUCGAUUUCAUUGAAGGUGAUUUGGAUCGUAUCCCAGAAAAAACAGAAGAAAAGAUAUUCAUCGAUAAAAUUAACGAGCUUCGAGCAAUUAGUCACAGUUGCCAACAAUCGGUGAAGUUGAAGAAACUACUUCUGAGAAGGAAGCCGAUUCAAUAUUGAAAGAUCUCGAAGAACUCAAAAAACUCCGAGCGGAAACCAUCGAUUCAAAUAUGCUCGAUUUCAUUGAAGGUGAUUUGGAUCGUAUCCCAGAAAACAGAAGAAAAGAUAUUAUCGAUAAAAUUAACGAGCUUCGAGCAAUUUCACAGUUGCCAACAAUCGGUGAAGUUGAAGAAACUACUUCUGAGAAGGAAGCCGAUUCAAUAUUGAAAGAUCUCGAAGAACUCAAAAACUCCGAGCGGAAACCAUCGAUUCAAAUAUGCUCGAUUUCAUUGAAGGUGAUUUGGAUCGUAUCCCAGAAAACAGAAGAAAAGAUAUUAUCGAUAAAAUUAACGAGCUUCGAGCAAUUUCACAGUUGCCAACAAUCGGUGAAGUUGAAGAAACUACUUCUGAGAAGGAAGCCGAUUCAAUAUUGAAAGAUCUCGAAGAACUCAAAAAACUCCGAGCGGAAACCAUCGAUUCAAAUAUGCUCGAUUUCAUUGAAGGUGAUUUGGAUCGUAUCCCAGAAAACAGAAGAAAAGAUAUUAUCGAUAAAAUUAACGAGCUUCGAGCAAUUUCACUGUUGCCAACAACCAGUGAUGUGUCUGUUCCGGAAAUUCAUGAGAUUCUUCGUGAAUUAGAUGAAAUUGAAAAACUUCCUGUCGAAACAAUUGAUUUGGACCUACUGGACAAACUUCAAUUAGAUAUUGACAGAAUUCCUGAAAAUCUUCAACAACAAUUCAUCACAAAAAUUGACAAUCUCAGAGCAUUAGCGAGAGACCAACAAGAACGUGAUGCAGCAAGAUCUGAGGCUAAAGACAAAUUGCAAGCUCUUGAAAAACAAGCUGAAGAUGUUAUGGCCAAAGAUGGUGCCAAAAAGAAAAAGAAGGACAAGAAAAAGUCACCAGCUGAAGUUAUUGAUGAACUCAAAAACAAGAUAAUUGAUGCGCAAUCUCUAAUUCCAAAAGUUGAACAAUUGGAAAAAGAUGUAAACCUUCCAGCCGAUGACAAACCAAAAGCAGAAAAUCUUGUUUCGAGUCUUGAAAAUUUUGUUAAGGAUCUUGAAAAACAAGUGAUUGAGAAACAAGCCGACUUAGACCAGCUCAACAAUGCUACUGAUGCGCUUAAACGUCUCGAAGAUGCUUUGGUUGAUGCCGAAAAGAGCGCCGAUGCACUUCCUAAAAACUCGUCGACUCCAUUGAACGAAUUCAAAGAUCGAAUCGCUCCACACAUUGCUGCUCUGGUUGAUGAUAUCAAACAAGUUCCAUCAACUCUUGAAAAUGAUGCUGAAAAUUUGCGCCAACGGGCCAACAAAUUCCAAGACGAUUUGAGCAAGAAUGUGCAAAAAGCUAUCGACGACGAGAAGCGCGUGGACGAGCUCAAGAAAAAUGUAUCUGAUGCAACCAAAAAAUUGGAUGAAAUUUUGCCAAAAUAUCAAAAUCAAUCGCAACCACUUGAUAUUGCCAAACAAGAUGCUGAAAAACUCAAAGACAUCUUGGAUACAUUGAACAAAUUGGCUGAAUUUGAAAAUAUCGAACCACAAGUUGCCAAAGAGCUCAAAGAUUCUCGAUCGAAAAACAAAGAAUUGUUGACCGCUCUUGAGAAAGCUAUUCCACAAGAAGAAGCUCUCCGCCAAGAACAAAAUGCACUCAAUGACAAGUUGGCUGAUCUUCGCCAAAAAUUGUCGAGCGCUGAUGAAUUUGCUCCAGAAAAUGCAUUGCCAAUCGUCAAUAACAUUAUUGAUGAUGCAGCCAAUCUCAAAAAGCAAGCCGGUGAGAACAAGGAAAAAGUCGAAACUCCAAGUGCACUAAUUUCACAUGAAGAUUUGGACAAGACAAUCCCAGAUAAAAUCUUCCAACUUCAACACGAUGCCGACGACAAAAAACAAGCACUUGACAAUGCUGUCAAUGUUCAAGAAGUCGCUCCAAAACUUCAACUUUUGGCUCAACAACUCCAAGCUUUGCCAAACGAGCUUCCAACAAGCAUUGAUGAUCAACAAUCCGCCAUCGAAGACCUUGAAAACAAAAAGCACAAUUUGGAGAACUUGCUUGCUAACUUGCCAGAAAAUGAUCCAGCAGCCGAAGAGUUGCGUCAAAAGAGUGCAUGGGAUUUGUCAAAGAUCAACGAUUUGUUGAAAAAACUCGGAAACGCUGUCGGUGACAAAUUGGCUGCUCUUGCAACUUUCAACGCUGCUCGCAAAAAUGCUGAAGAUACUCUUCUCGACAUCACCAAACAAGAUCCAACAAGUGAUUCACAAAAAUCGCCACAAGAGCUCAUCGAUGAAUUGGCCAGAAAAGAAGAUUCAAUUGCGAAACUUCGAAACACUAUUGAUCAAUUACAACCAGAUCAACUCGAUGAGAAAGAGCGUAAAGAGUACGAUGAUUUGUUGGCACAACUCAACAAUGCCGCUGAAGCUCUUAAGGUAUGUUAACAUUUUAAGUUUCUCGAAUUUUAUUCCACAACUCAUAUUUGUUUUUUUCAGAAGAAGCGCGCAGAUGCCGAGCAAGAUCUCAAAAACAAAGAAGCCGAGCAACAACUUCAUGAUGCUGUCGAACGUAUCGGUUCUCGACUCGCUCCACUUGUCCGCCAAGCCGACGAGCUUCUUCACAAUGCUGAAGCUGUUCCAACCGAAUAUGCUCCAACCGCCCAAGAACUUAGCAAAGAACUCGAGAAGGCAAAUGAGCUUAUAACAAGUGCACCAUCGAAUGAUUCACACGUUCAAAGUCUUCUACCAGCAAUUGAAGCUGCAAAACAACUAAUUCCGGCUCUCGAAGAGAAGGCUAAAGUUUGGGAUGAAUUUGUUGCUGCCAGAAAUGAUGUUGAUAGUGUCAUCGAAAAACUUCAAAAAGAUGUGGAAGCUGUUAUUGCUAAACCAAAAAGAUCAAGCGAAGAAGCAGCAGCUGAUUUGGAACAACUCCAAAAGAGCAACAAUCAACGCGAUGAACUCAACAGCAAAGUUGCCAAUUUGCAACAACUCUCUGAAUUGUUGGAUCCACUCGAAAGCGCCUACGCUGAUGUUCGAUUCCUCGAUGUCGAUUCUGAACAAACACAACAUCAAUACGAUGAUGUGCUCAAUGAUUUGGCAACUGAACUCGAAGACGAAAAACUUCUUCGUGAGUCAGCCGAUCAAGUUAUCAAGGAAAUCGAAAACAUCAAGACAAUGAUUGACAACAACGAUCCCGACAAAUCGGUGCUUGACACAAUCGCAAAGACAGAUGUUCCAGCUCUCAAAGCACAAAUCAAUCGUAUUCAAGACAAGAUUGUGAAUGCUGAUGUUUCACGAAAACAUGUUGCAACUGAUCCAAGCAUAGCUGAUGAUUUGAACAAGAAAUUGGAACAACUCGAAUCGGAACUCAGUGAUGCCAUCAAGACUGCCGAAGAAGCUGAUAAAGAACAAUUGAUUUUGCAAUUGACUCUCAAACUCAGCCAACUUCAUCAACUACCAUUGGAUCAAUUGACACCGGAUGAAUUGAAAUCGGCCGAGAAAGAUAUCAACACUUCCUCAUUAUCACCAGAAGAAGCUGCACCACUAUUGGAAAAAAUUCAAUCAUUGCGUGAUGCCAAACAAGAAAAUGAUGCAGCAAGAUCUGAGGCUAAAGACAAAUUGCAAGCUCUUGAAAAACAAGCUGAAGAUGUUAUGGCCAAAGAUGGUGCCAAAAAGAAAAAGAAGGACAAGAAAAAGUCACCAGCUGAAGUUAUUGAUGAACUCAAAAACAAGAUAAUUGAUGCGCAAUCUCUAAUUCCAAAAGUUGAACAAUUGGAAAAAGAUGUAAACCUUCCAGCCGAUGACAAACCAAAAGCAGAAAAUCUUGUUUCGAGUCUUGAAAAUUUUGUUAAGGAUCUUGAAAAACAAGUGAUUGAGAAACAAGCCGACUUAGACCAGCUCAACAAUGCUACUGAUGCGCUUAAACGUCUCGAAGAUGCUUUGGUUGAUGCCGAAAAGAGCGCCGAUGCACUUCCUAAAAACUCGUCGACUCCAUUGAACGAAUUCAAAGAUCGAAUCGCUCCACACAUUGCUGCUCUGGUUGAUGAUAUCAAACAAGUUCCAUCAACUCUUGAAAAUGAUGCUGAAAAUUUGCGCCAACGGGCCAACAAAUUCCAAGACGAUUUGAGCAAGAAUGUGCAAAAAGCUAUCGACGACGAGAAGCGCGUGGACGAGCUCAAGAAAAAUGUAUCUGAUGCAACCAAAAAAUUGGAUGAAAUUUUGCCAAAAUAUCAAAAUCAAUCGCAACCACUUGAUAUUGCCAAACAAGAUGCUGAAAAACUCAAAGACAUCUUGGAUACAUUGAACAAAUUGGCUGAAUUUGAAAAUAUCGAACCACAAGUUGCCAAAGAGCUCAAAGAUUCUCGAUCGAAAAACAAAGAAUUGUUGACCGCUCUUGAGAAAGCUAUUCCACAAGAAGAAGCUCUCCGCCAAGAACAAAAUGCACUCAAUGACAAGUUGGCUGAUCUUCGCCAAAAAUUGUCGAGCGCUGAUGAAUUUGCUCCAGAAAAUGCAUUGCCAAUCGUCAAUAACAUUAUUGAUGAUGCAGCCAAUCUCAAAAAGCAAGCCGGUGAGAACAAGGAAAAAGUCGAAACUCCAAGUGCACUAAUUUCACAUGAAGAUUUGGACAAGACAAUCCCAGAUAAAAUCUUCCAACUUCAACACGAUGCCGACGACAAAAAACAAGCACUUGACAAUGCUGUCAAUGUUCAAGAAGUCGCUCCAAAACUUCAACUUUUGGCUCAACAACUCCAAGCUUUGCCAAACGAGCUUCCAACAAGCAUUGAUGAUCAACAAUCCGCCAUCGAAGACCUUGAAAACAAAAAGCACAAUUUGGAGAACUUGCUUGCUAACUUGCCAGAAAAUGAUCCAGCAGCCGAAGAGUUGCGUCAAAAGAGUGCAUGGGAUUUGUCAAAGAUCAACGAUUUGUUGAAAAAACUCGGAAACGCUGUCGGUGACAAAUUGGCUGCUCUUGCAACUUUCAACGCUGCUCGCAAAAAUGCUGAAGAUACUCUUCUCGACAUCACCAAACAAGAUCCAACAAGUGAUUCACAAAAAUCGCCACAAGAGCUCAUCGAUGAAUUGGCCAGAAAAGAAGAUUCAAUUGCGAAACUUCGAAACACUAUUGAUCAAUUACAACCAGAUCAACUCGAUGAGAAAGAGCGUAAAGAGUACGAUGAUUUGUUGGCACAACUCAACAAUGCCGCUGAAGCUCUUAAGGUAUGUUAACAUUUUAAGUUUCUCGAAUUUUAUUCCACAACUCAUAUUUGUUUUUUUCAGAAGAAGCGCGCAGAUGCCGAGCAAGAUCUCAAAAACAAAGAAGCCGAGCAACAACUUCAUGAUGCUGUCGAACGUAUCGGUUCUCGACUCGCUCCACUUGUCCGCCAAGCCGACGAGCUUCUUCACAAUGCUGAAGCUGUUCCAACCGAAUAUGCUCCAACCGCCCAAGAACUUAGCAAAGAACUCGAGAAGGCAAAUGAGCUUAUAACAAGUGCACCAUCGAAUGAUUCACACGUUCAAAGUCUUCUACCAGCAAUUGAAGCUGCAAAACAACUAAUUCCGGCUCUCGAAGAGAAGGCUAAAGUUUGGGAUGAAUUUGUUGCUGCCAGAAAUGAUGUUGAUAGUGUCAUCGAAAAACUUCAAAAAGAUGUGGAAGCUGUUAUUGCUAAACCAAAAAGAUCAAGCGAAGAAGCAGCAGCUGAUUUGGAACAACUCCAAAAGAGCAACAAUCAACGCGAUGAACUCAACAGCAAAGUUGCCAAUUUGCAACAACUCUCUGAAUUGUUGGAUCCACUCGAAAGCGCCUACGCUGAUGUUCGAUUCCUCGAUGUCGAUUCUGAACAAACACAACAUCAAUACGAUGAUGUGCUCAAUGAUUUGGCAACUGAACUCGAAGACGAAAAACUUCUUCGUGAGUCAGCCGAUCAAGUUAUCAAGGAAAUCGAAAACAUCAAGACAAUGAUUGACAACAACGAUCCCGACAAAUCGGUGCUUGACACAAUCGCAAAGACAGAUGUUCCAGCUCUCAAAGCACAAAUCAAUCGUAUUCAAGACAAGAUUGUGAAUGCUGAUGUUUCACGAAAACAUGUUGCAACUGAUCCAAGCAUAGCUGAUGAUUUGAACAAGAAAUUGGAACAACUCGAAUCGGAACUCAGUGAUGCCAUCAAGACUGCCGAAGAAGCUGAUAAAGAACAAUUGAUUUUGCAAUUGACUCUCAAACUCAGCCAACUUCAUCAACUACCAUUGGAUCAAUUGACACCGGAUGAAUUGAAAUCGGCCGAGAAAGAUAUCAACACUUCCUCAUUAUCACCAGAAGAAGCUGCACCACUAUUGGAAAAAAUUCAAUCAUUGCGUGAUGCCAAACAAGAAAAUGAUGCAGCAAGAUCUGAGGCUAAAGACAAAUUGCAAGCUCUUGAAAAACAAGCUGAAGAUGUUAUGGCCAAAGAUGGUGCCAAAAAGAAAAAGAAGGACAAGAAAAAGUCACCAGCUGAAGUUAUUGAUGAACUCAAAAACAAGAUAAUUGAUGCGCAAUCUCUAAUUCCAAAAGUUGAACAAUUGGAAAAAGAUGUAAACCUUCCAGCCGAUGACAAACCAAAAGCAGAAAAUCUUGUUUCGAGUCUUGAAAAUUUUGUUAAGGAUCUUGAAAAACAAGUGAUUGAGAAACAAGCCGACUUAGACCAGCUCAACAAUGCUACUGAUGCGCUUAAACGUCUCGAAGAUGCUUUGGUUGAUGCCGAAAAGAGCGCCGAUGCACUUCCUAAAAACUCGUCGACUCCAUUGAACGAAUUCAAAGAUCGAAUCGCUCCACACAUUGCUGCUCUGGUUGAUGAUAUCAAACAAGUUCCAUCAACUCUUGAAAAUGAUGCUGAAAAUUUGCGCCAACGGGCCAACAAAUUCCAAGACGAUUUGAGCAAGAAUGUGCAAAAAGCUAUCGACGACGAGAAGCGCGUGGACGAGCUCAAGAAAAAUGUAUCUGAUGCAACCAAAAAAUUGGAUGAAAUUUUGCCAAAAUAUCAAAAUCAAUCGCAACCACUUGAUAUUGCCAAACAAGAUGCUGAAAAACUCAAAGACAUCUUGGAUACAUUGAACAAAUUGGCUGAAUUUGAAAAUAUCGAACCACAAGUUGCCAAAGAGCUCAAAGAUUCUCGAUCGAAAAACAAAGAAUUGUUGACCGCUCUUGAGAAAGCUAUUCCACAAGAAGAAGCUCUCCGCCAAGAACAAAAUGCACUCAAUGACAAGUUGGCUGAUCUUCGCCAAAAAUUGUCGAGCGCUGAUGAAUUUGCUCCAGAAAAUGCAUUGCCAAUCGUCAAUAACAUUAUUGAUGAUGCAGCCAAUCUCAAAAAGCAAGCCGGUGAGAACAAGGAAAAAGUCGAAACUCCAAGUGCACUAAUUUCACAUGAAGAUUUGGACAAGACAAUCCCAGAUAAAAUCUUCCAACUUCAACACGAUGCCGACGACAAAAAACAAGCACUUGACAAUGCUGUCAAUGUUCAAGAAGUCGCUCCAAAACUUCAACUUUUGGCUCAACAACUCCAAGCUUUGCCAAACGAGCUUCCAACAAGCAUUGAUGAUCAACAAUCCGCCAUCGAAGACCUUGAAAACAAAAAGCACAAUUUGGAGAACUUGCUUGCUAACUUGCCAGAAAAUGAUCCAGCAGCCGAAGAGUUGCGUCAAAAGAGUGCAUGGGAUUUGUCAAAGAUCAACGAUUUGUUGAAAAAACUCGGAAACGCUGUCGGUGACAAAUUGGCUGCUCUUGCAACUUUCAACGCUGCUCGCAAAAAUGCUGAAGAUACUCUUCUCGACAUCACCAAACAAGAUCCAACAAGUGAUUCACAAAAAUCGCCACAAGAGCUCAUCGAUGAAUUGGCCAGAAAAGAAGAUUCAAUUGCGAAACUUCGAAACACUAUUGAUCAAUUACAACCAGAUCAACUCGAUGAGAAAGAGCGUAAAGAGUACGAUGAUUUGUUGGCACAACUCAACAAUGCCGCUGAAGCUCUUAAGGUAUGUUAACAUUUUAAGUUUCUCGAAUUUUAUUCCACAACUCAUAUUUGUUUUUUUCAGAAGAAGCGCGCAGAUGCCGAGCAAGAUCUCAAAAACAAAGAAGCCGAGCAACAACUUCAUGAUGCUGUCGAACGUAUCGGUUCUCGACUCGCUCCACUUGUCCGCCAAGCCGACGAGCUUCUUCACAAUGCUGAAGCUGUUCCAACCGAAUAUGCUCCAACCGCCCAAGAACUUAGCAAAGAACUCGAGAAGGCAAAUGAGCUUAUAACAAGUGCACCAUCGAAUGAUUCACACGUUCAAAGUCUUCUACCAGCAAUUGAAGCUGCAAAACAACUAAUUCCGGCUCUCGAAGAGAAGGCUAAAGUUUGGGAUGAAUUUGUUGCUGCCAGAAAUGAUGUUGAUAGUGUCAUCGAAAAACUUCAAAAAGAUGUGGAAGCUGUUAUUGCUAAACCAAAAAGAUCAAGCGAAGAAGCAGCAGCUGAUUUGGAACAACUCCAAAAGAGCAACAAUCAACGCGAUGAACUCAACAGCAAAGUUGCCAAUUUGCAACAACUCUCUGAAUUGUUGGAUCCACUCGAAAGCGCCUACGCUGAUGUUCGAUUCCUCGAUGUCGAUUCUGAACAAACACAACAUCAAUACGAUGAUGUGCUCAAUGAUUUGGCAACUGAACUCGAAGACGAAAAACUUCUUCGUGAGUCAGCCGAUCAAGUUAUCAAGGAAAUCGAAAACAUCAAGACAAUGAUUGACAACAACGAUCCCGACAAAUCGGUGCUUGACACAAUCGCAAAGACAGAUGUUCCAGCUCUCAAAGCACAAAUCAAUCGUAUUCAAGACAAGAUUGUGAAUGCUGAUGUUUCACGAAAACAUGUUGCAACUGAUCCAAGCAUAGCUGAUGAUUUGAACAAGAAAUUGGAACAACUCGAAUCGGAACUCAGUGAUGCCAUCAAGACUGCCGAAGAAGCUGAUAAAGAACAAUUGAUUUUGCAAUUGACUCUCAAACUCAGCCAACUUCAUCAACUACCAUUGGAUCAAUUGACACCGGAUGAAUUGAAAUCGGCCGAGAAAGAUAUCAACACUUCCUCAUUAUCACCAGAAGAAGCUGCACCACUAUUGGAAAAAAUUCAAUCAUUGCGUGAUGCCAAACAAGAAAAUGAUGCAGCAAGAUCUGAGGCUAAAGACAAAUUGCAAGCUCUUGAAAAACAAGCUGAAGAUGUUAUGGCCAAAGAUGGUGCCAAAAAGAAAAAGAAGGACAAGAAAAAGUCACCAGCUGAAGUUAUUGAUGAACUCAAAAACAAGAUAAUUGAUGCGCAAUCUCUAAUUCCAAAAGUUGAACAAUUGGAAAAAGAUGUAAACCUUCCAGCCGAUGACAAACCAAAAGCAGAAAAUCUUGUUUCGAGUCUUGAAAAUUUUGUUAAGGAUCUUGAAAAACAAGUGAUUGAGAAACAAGCCGACUUAGACCAGCUCAACAAUGCUACUGAUGCGCUUAAACGUCUCGAAGAUGCUUUGGUUGAUGCCGAAAAGAGCGCCGAUGCACUUCCUAAAAACUCGUCGACUCCAUUGAACGAAUUCAAAGAUCGAAUCGCUCCACACAUUGCUGCUCUGGUUGAUGAUAUCAAACAAGUUCCAUCAACUCUUGAAAAUGAUGCUGAAAAUUUGCGCCAACGGGCCAACAAAUUCCAAGACGAUUUGAGCAAGAAUGUGCAAAAAGCUAUCGACGACGAGAAGCGCGUGGACGAGCUCAAGAAAAAUGUAUCUGAUGCAACCAAAAAAUUGGAUGAAAUUUUGCCAAAAUAUCAAAAUCAAUCGCAACCACUUGAUAUUGCCAAACAAGAUGCUGAAAAACUCAAAGACAUCUUGGAUACAUUGAACAAAUUGGCUGAAUUUGAAAAUAUCGAACCACAAGUUGCCAAAGAGCUCAAAGAUUCUCGAUCGAAAAACAAAGAAUUGUUGACCGCUCUUGAGAAAGCUAUUCCACAAGAAGAAGCUCUCCGCCAAGAACAAAAUGCACUCAAUGACAAGUUGGCUGAUCUUCGCCAAAAAUUGUCGAGCGCUGAUGAAUUUGCUCCAGAAAAUGCAUUGCCAAUCGUCAAUAACAUUAUUGAUGAUGCAGCCAAUCUCAAAAAGCAAGCCGGUGAGAACAAGGAAAAAGUCGAAACUCCAAGUGCACUAAUUUCACAUGAAGAUUUGGACAAGACAAUCCCAGAUAAAAUCUUCCAACUUCAACACGAUGCCGACGACAAAAAACAAGCACUUGACAAUGCUGUCAAUGUUCAAGAAGUCGCUCCAAAACUUCAACUUUUGGCUCAACAACUCCAAGCUUUGCCAAACGAGCUUCCAACAAGCAUUGAUGAUCAACAAUCCGCCAUCGAAGACCUUGAAAACAAAAAGCACAAUUUGGAGAACUUGCUUGCUAACUUGCCAGAAAAUGAUCCAGCAGCCGAAGAGUUGCGUCAAAAGAGUGCAUGGGAUUUGUCAAAGAUCAACGAUUUGUUGAAAAAACUCGGAAACGCUGUCGGUGACAAAUUGGCUGCUCUUGCAACUUUCAACGCUGCUCGCAAAAAUGCUGAAGAUACUCUUCUCGACAUCACCAAACAAGAUCCAACAAGUGAUUCACAAAAAUCGCCACAAGAGCUCAUCGAUGAAUUGGCCAGAAAAGAAGAUUCAAUUGCGAAACUUCGAAACACUAUUGAUCAAUUACAACCAGAUCAACUCGAUGAGAAAGAGCGUAAAGAGUACGAUGAUUUGUUGGCACAACUCAACAAUGCCGCUGAAGCUCUUAAGGUAUGUUAACAUUUUAAGUUUCUCGAAUUUUAUUCCACAACUCAUAUUUGUUUUUUUCAGAAGAAGCGCGCAGAUGCCGAGCAAGAUCUCAAAAACAAAGAAGCCGAGCAACAACUUCAUGAUGCUGUCGAACGUAUCGGUUCUCGACUCGCUCCACUUGUCCGCCAAGCCGACGAGCUUCUUCACAAUGCUGAAGCUGUUCCAACCGAAUAUGCUCCAACCGCCCAAGAACUUAGCAAAGAACUCGAGAAGGCAAAUGAGCUUAUAACAAGUGCACCAUCGAAUGAUUCACACGUUCAAAGUCUUCUACCAGCAAUUGAAGCUGCAAAACAACUAAUUCCGGCUCUCGAAGAGAAGGCUAAAGUUUGGGAUGAAUUUGUUGCUGCCAGAAAUGAUGUUGAUAGUGUCAUCGAAAAACUUCAAAAAGAUGUGGAAGCUGUUAUUGCUAAACCAAAAAGAUCAAGCGAAGAAGCAGCAGCUGAUUUGGAACAACUCCAAAAGAGCAACAAUCAACGCGAUGAACUCAACAGCAAAGUUGCCAAUUUGCAACAACUCUCUGAAUUGUUGGAUCCACUCGAAAGCGCCUACGCUGAUGUUCGAUUCCUCGAUGUCGAUUCUGAACAAACACAACAUCAAUACGAUGAUGUGCUCAAUGAUUUGGCAACUGAACUCGAAGACGAAAAACUUCUUCGUGAGUCAGCCGAUCAAGUUAUCAAGGAAAUCGAAAACAUCAAGACAAUGAUUGACAACAACGAUCCCGACAAAUCGGUGCUUGACACAAUCGCAAAGACAGAUGUUCCAGCUCUCAAAGCACAAAUCAAUCGUAUUCAAGACAAGAUUGUGAAUGCUGAUGUUUCACGAAAACAUGUUGCAACUGAUCCAAGCAUAGCUGAUGAUUUGAACAAGAAAUUGGAACAACUCGAAUCGGAACUCAGUGAUGCCAUCAAGACUGCCGAAGAAGCUGAUAAAGAACAAUUGAUUUUGCAAUUGACUCUCAAACUCAGCCAACUUCAUCAACUACCAUUGGAUCAAUUGACACCGGAUGAAUUGAAAUCGGCCGAGAAAGAUAUCAACACUUCCUCAUUAUCACCAGAAGAAGCUGCACCACUAUUGGAAAAAAUUCAAUCAUUGCGUGAUGCCAAACAAGAAAAUGAUGCAGCAAGAUCUGAGGCUAAAGACAAAUUGCAAGCUCUUGAAAAACAAGCUGAAGAUGUUAUGGCCAAAGAUGGUGCCAAAAAGAAAAAGAAGGACAAGAAAAAGUCACCAGCUGAAGUUAUUGAUGAACUCAAAAACAAGAUAAUUGAUGCGCAAUCUCUAAUUCCAAAAGUUGAACAAUUGGAAAAAGAUGUAAACCUUCCAGCCGAUGACAAACCAAAAGCAGAAAAUCUUGUUUCGAGUCUUGAAAAUUUUGUUAAGGAUCUUGAAAAACAAGUGAUUGAGAAACAAGCCGACUUAGACCAGCUCAACAAUGCUACUGAUGCGCUUAAACGUCUCGAAGAUGCUUUGGUUGAUGCCGAAAAGAGCGCCGAUGCACUUCCUAAAAACUCGUCGACUCCAUUGAACGAAUUCAAAGAUCGAAUCGCUCCACACAUUGCUGCUCUGGUUGAUGAUAUCAAACAAGUUCCAUCAACUCUUGAAAAUGAUGCUGAAAAUUUGCGCCAACGGGCCAACAAAUUCCAAGACGAUUUGAGCAAGAAUGUGCAAAAAGCUAUCGACGACGAGAAGCGCGUGGACGAGCUCAAGAAAAAUGUAUCUGAUGCAACCAAAAAUUGGAUGAAAUUUUGCCAAAAUAUCAAAAUCAAUCGCAACCACUUGAUAUUGCCAAACAAGAUGCUGAAAAACUCAAAGACAUCUUGGAUACAUUGAACAAAUUGGCUGAAUUUGAAAAUAUCGAACCACAAGUUGCCAAAGAGCUCAAAGAUUCUCGAUCGAAAAACAAAGAAUUGUUGACCGCUCUUGAGAAAGCUAUUCCACAAGAAGAAGCUCUCCGCCAAGAACAAAAUGCACUCAAUGACAAGUUGGCUGAUCUUCGCCAAAAAUUGUCGAGCGCUGAUGAAUUUGCUCCAGAAAAUGCAUUGCCAAUCGUCAAUAACAUUAUUGAUGAUGCAGCCAAUCUCAAAAAGCAAGCCGGUGAGAACAAGGAAAAAGUCGAAACUCCAAGUGCACUAAUUUCACAUGAAGAUUUGGACAAGACAAUCCCAGAUAAAAUCUUCCAACUUCAACACGAUGCCGACGACAAAAAACAAGCACUUGACAAUGCUGUCAAUGUUCAAGAAGUCGCUCCAAAACUUCAACUUUUGGCUCAACAACUCCAAGCUUUGCCAAACGAGCUUCCAACAAGCAUUGAUGAUCAACAAUCCGCCAUCGAAGACCUUGAAAACAAAAAGCACAAUUUGGAGAACUUGCUUGCUAACUUGCCAGAAAAUGAUCCAGCAGCCGAAGAGUUGCGUCAAAAGAGUGCAUGGGAUUUGUCAAAGAUCAACGAUUUGUUGAAAAAACUCGGAAACGCUGUCGGUGACAAAUUGGCUGCUCUUGCAACUUUCAACGCUGCUCGCAAAAAUGCUGAAGAUACUCUUCUCGACAUCACCAAACAAGAUCCAACAAGUGAUUCACAAAAAUCGCCACAAGAGCUCAUCGAUGAAUUGGCCAGAAAAGAAGAUUCAAUUGCGAAACUUCGAAACACUAUUGAUCAAUUACAACCAGAUCAACUCGAUGAGAAAGAGCGUAAAGAGUACGAUGAUUUGUUGGCACAACUCAACAAUGCCGCUGAAGCUCUUAAGGUAUGUUAACAUUUUAAGUUUCUCGAAUUUUAUUCCACAACUCAUAUUUGUUUUUUUCAGAAGAAGCGCGCAGAUGCCGAGCAAGAUCUCAAAAACAAAGAAGCCGAGCAACAACUUCAUGAUGCUGUCGAACGUAUCGGUUCUCGACUCGCUCCACUUGUCCGCCAAGCCGACGAGCUUCUUCACAAUGCUGAAGCUGUUCCAACCGAAUAUGCUCCAACCGCCCAAGAACUUAGCAAAGAACUCGAGAAGGCAAAUGAGCUUAUAACAAGUGCACCAUCGAAUGAUUCACACGUUCAAAGUCUUCUACCAGCAAUUGAAGCUGCAAAACAACUAAUUCCGGCUCUCGAAGAGAAGGCUAAAGUUUGGGAUGAAUUUGUUGCUGCCAGAAAUGAUGUUGAUAGUGUCAUCGAAAAACUUCAAAAGAUGUGGAAGCUGUUAUUGCUAAACCAAAAAGAUCAAGCGAAGAAGCAGCAGCUGAUUUGGAACAACUCCAAAAGAGCAACAAUCAACGCGAUGAACUCAACAGCAAAGUUGCCAAUUUGCAACAACUCUCUGAAUUGUUGGAUCCACUCGAAAGCGCCUACGCUGAUGUUCGAUUCCUCGAUGUCGAUUCUGAACAAACACAACAUCAAUACGAUGAUGUGCUCAAUGAUUUGGCAACUGAACUCGAAGACGAAAAACUUCUUCGUGAGUCAGCCGAUCAAGUUAUCAAGGAAAUCGAAAACAUCAAGACAAUGAUUGACAACAACGAUCCCGACAAAUCGGUGCUUGACACAAUCGCAAAGACAGAUGUUCCAGCUCUCAAAGCACAAAUCAAUCGUAUUCAAGACAAGAUUGUGAAUGCUGAUGUUUCACGAAAACAUGUUGCAACUGAUCCAAGCAUAGCUGAUGAUUUGAACAAGAAAUUGGAACAACUCGAAUCGGAACUCAGUGAUGCCAUCAAGACUGCCGAAGAAGCUGAUAAAGAACAAUUGAUUUUGCAAUUGACUCUCAAACUCAGCCAACUUCAUCAACUACCAUUGGAUCAAUUGACACCGGAUGAAUUGAAAUCGGCCGAGAAAGAUAUCAACACUUCCUCAUUAUCACCAGAAGAAGCUGCACCACUAUUGGAAAAAAUUCAAUCAUUGCGUGAUGCCAAACAAGAAAAUGAUGCAGCAAGAUCUGAGGCUAAAGACAAAUUGCAAGCUCUUGAAAAACAAGCUGAAGAUGUUAUGGCCAAAGAUGGUGCCAAAAAGAAAAAGAAGGACAAGAAAAAGUCACCAGCUGAAGUUAUUGAUGAACUCAAAAACAAGAUAAUUGAUGCGCAAUCUCUAAUUCCAAAAGUUGAACAAUUGGAAAAAGAUGUAAACCUUCCAGCCGAUGACAAACCAAAAGCAGAAAAUCUUGUUUCGAGUCUUGAAAAUUUUGUUAAGGAUCUUGAAAAACAAGUGAUUGAGAAACAAGCCGACUUAGACCAGCUCAACAAUGCUACUGAUGCGCUUAAACGUCUCGAAGAUGCUUUGGUUGAUGCCGAAAAGAGCGCCGAUGCACUUCCUAAAAACUCGUCGACUCCAUUGAACGAAUUCAAAGAUCGAAUCGCUCCACACAUUGCUGCUCUGGUUGAUGAUAUCAAACAAGUUCCAUCAACUCUUGAAAAUGAUGCUGAAAAUUUGCGCCAACGGGCCAACAAAUUCCAAGACGAUUUGAGCAAGAAUGUGCAAAAAGCUAUCGACGACGAGAAGCGCGUGGACGAGCUCAAGAAAAAUGUAUCUGAUGCAACCAAAAAAUUGGAUGAAAUUUUGCCAAAAUAUCAAAAUCAAUCGCAACCACUUGAUAUUGCCAAACAAGAUGCUGAAAAACUCAAAGACAUCUUGGAUACAUUGAACAAAUUGGCUGAAUUUGAAAAUAUCGAACCACAAGUUGCCAAAGAGCUCAAAGAUUCUCGAUCGAAAAACAAAGAAUUGUUGACCGCUCUUGAGAAAGCUAUUCCACAAGAAGAAGCUCUCCGCCAAGAACAAAAUGCACUCAAUGACAAGUUGGCUGAUCUUCGCCAAAAAUUGUCGAGCGCUGAUGAAUUUGCUCCAGAAAAUGCAUUGCCAAUCGUCAAUAACAUUAUUGAUGAUGCAGCCAAUCUCAAAAAGCAAGCCGGUGAGAACAAGGAAAAAGUCGAAACUCCAAGUGCACUAAUUUCACAUGAAGAUUUGGACAAGACAAUCCCAGAUAAAAUCUUCCAACUUCAACACGAUGCCGACGACAAAAAACAAGCACUUGACAAUGCUGUCAAUGUUCAAGAAGUCGCUCCAAAACUUCAACUUUUGGCUCAACAACUCCAAGCUUUGCCAAACGAGCUUCCAACAAGCAUUGAUGAUCAACAAUCCGCCAUCGAAGACCUUGAAAACAAAAAGCACAAUUUGGAGAACUUGCUUGCUAACUUGCCAGAAAAUGAUCCAGCAGCCGAAGAGUUGCGUCAAAAGAGUGCAUGGGAUUUGUCAAAGAUCAACGAUUUGUUGAAAAAACUCGGAAACGCUGUCGGUGACAAAUUGGCUGCUCUUGCAACUUUCAACGCUGCUCGCAAAAAUGCUGAAGAUACUCUUCUCGACAUCACCAAACAAGAUCCAACAAGUGAUUCACAAAAAUCGCCACAAGAGCUCAUCGAUGAAUUGGCCAGAAAAGAAGAUUCAAUUGCGAAACUUCGAAACACUAUUGAUCAAUUACAACCAGAUCAACUCGAUGAGAAAGAGCGUAAAGAGUACGAUGAUUUGUUGGCACAACUCAACAAUGCCGCUGAAGCUCUUAAGGUAUGUUAACAUUUUAAGUUUCUCGAAUUUUAUUCCACAACUCAUAUUUGUUUUUUUCAGAAGAAGCGCGCAGAUGCCGAGCAAGAUCUCAAAAACAAAGAAGCCGAGCAACAACUUCAUGAUGCUGUCGAACGUAUCGGUUCUCGACUCGCUCCACUUGUCCGCCAAGCCGACGAGCUUCUUCACAAUGCUGAAGCUGUUCCAACCGAAUAUGCUCCAACCGCCCAAGAACUUAGCAAAGAACUCGAGAAGGCAAAUGAGCUUAUAACAAGUGCACCAUCGAAUGAUUCACACGUUCAAAGUCUUCUACCAGCAAUUGAAGCUGCAAAACAACUAAUUCCGGCUCUCGAAGAGAAGGCUAAAGUUUGGGAUGAAUUUGUUGCUGCCAGAAAUGAUGUUGAUAGUGUCAUCGAAAAACUUCAAAAGAUGUGGAAGCUGUUAUUGCUAAACCAAAAAGAUCAAGCGAAGAAGCAGCAGCUGAUUUGGAACAACUCCAAAAGAGCAACAAUCAACGCGAUGAACUCAACAGCAAAGUUGCCAAUUUGCAACAACUCUCUGAAUUGUUGGAUCCACUCGAAAGCGCCUACGCUGAUGUUCGAUUCCUCGAUGUCGAUUCUGAACAAACACAACAUCAAUACGAUGAUGUGCUCAAUGAUUUGGCAACUGAACUCGAAGACGAAAAACUUCUUCGUGAGUCAGCCGAUCAAGUUAUCAAGGAAAUCGAAAACAUCAAGACAAUGAUUGACAACAACGAUCCCGACAAAUCGGUGCUUGACACAAUCGCAAAGACAGAUGUUCCAGCUCUCAAAGCACAAAUCAAUCGUAUUCAAGACAAGAUUGUGAAUGCUGAUGUUUCACGAAAACAUGUUGCAACUGAUCCAAGCAUAGCUGAUGAUUUGAACAAGAAAUUGGAACAACUCGAAUCGGAACUCAGUGAUGCCAUCAAGACUGCCGAAGAAGCUGAUAAAGAACAAUUGAUUUUGCAAUUGACUCUCAAACUCAGCCAACUUCAUCAACUACCAUUGGAUCAAUUGACACCGGAUGAAUUGAAAUCGGCCGAGAAAGAUAUCAACACUUCCUCAUUAUCACCAGAAGAAGCUGCACCACUAUUGGAAAAAAUUCAAUCAUUGCGUGAUGCCAAACAAGAAAAUGAUGCAGCAAGAUCUGAGGCUAAAGACAAAUUGCAAGCUCUUGAAAAACAAGCUGAAGAUGUUAUGGCCAAAGAUGGUGCCAAAAAGAAAAAGAAGGACAAGAAAAAGUCACCAGCUGAAGUUAUUGAUGAACUCAAAAACAAGAUAAUUGAUGCGCAAUCUCUAAUUCCAAAAGUUGAACAAUUGGAAAAAGAUGUAAACCUUCCAGCCGAUGACAAACCAAAAGCAGAAAAUCUUGUUUCGAGUCUUGAAAAUUUUGUUAAGGAUCUUGAAAAACAAGUGAUUGAGAAACAAGCCGACUUAGACCAGCUCAACAAUGCUACUGAUGCGCUUAAACGUCUCGAAGAUGCUUUGGUUGAUGCCGAAAAGAGCGCCGAUGCACUUCCUAAAAACUCGUCGACUCCAUUGAACGAAUUCAAAGAUCGAAUCGCUCCACACAUUGCUGCUCUGGUUGAUGAUAUCAAACAAGUUCCAUCAACUCUUGAAAAUGAUGCUGAAAAUUUGCGCCAACGGGCCAACAAAUUCCAAGACGAUUUGAGCAAGAAUGUGCAAAAAGCUAUCGACGACGAGAAGCGCGUGGACGAGCUCAAGAAAAAUGUAUCUGAUGCAACCAAAAAAUUGGAUGAAAUUUUGCCAAAAUAUCAAAAUCAAUCGCAACCACUUGAUAUUGCCAAACAAGAUGCUGAAAAACUCAAAGACAUCUUGGAUACAUUGAACAAAUUGGCUGAAUUUGAAAAUAUCGAACCACAAGUUGCCAAAGAGCUCAAAGAUUCUCGAUCGAAAAACAAAGAAUUGUUGACCGCUCUUGAGAAAGCUAUUCCACAAGAAGAAGCUCUCCGCCAAGAACAAAAUGCACUCAAUGACAAGUUGGCUGAUCUUCGCCAAAAAUUGUCGAGCGCUGAUGAAUUUGCUCCAGAAAAUGCAUUGCCAAUCGUCAAUAACAUUAUUGAUGAUGCAGCCAAUCUCAAAAAGCAAGCCGGUGAGAACAAGGAAAAAGUCGAAACUCCAAGUGCACUAAUUUCACAUGAAGAUUUGGACAAGACAAUCCCAGAUAAAAUCUUCCAACUUCAACACGAUGCCGACGACAAAAAACAAGCACUUGACAAUGCUGUCAAUGUUCAAGAAGUCGCUCCAAAACUUCAACUUUUGGCUCAACAACUCCAAGCUUUGCCAAACGAGCUUCCAACAAGCAUUGAUGAUCAACAAUCCGCCAUCGAAGACCUUGAAAACAAAAAGCACAAUUUGGAGAACUUGCUUGCUAACUUGCCAGAAAAUGAUCCAGCAGCCGAAGAGUUGCGUCAAAAGAGUGCAUGGGAUUUGUCAAAGAUCAACGAUUUGUUGAAAAAACUCGGAAACGCUGUCGGUGACAAAUUGGCUGCUCUUGCAACUUUCAACGCUGCUCGCAAAAAUGCUGAAGAUACUCUUCUCGACAUCACCAAACAAGAUCCAACAAGUGAUUCACAAAAAUCGCCACAAGAGCUCAUCGAUGAAUUGGCCAGAAAAGAAGAUUCAAUUGCGAAACUUCGAAACACUAUUGAUCAAUUACAACCAGAUCAACUCGAUGAGAAAGAGCGUAAAGAGUACGAUGAUUUGUUGGCACAACUCAACAAUGCCGCUGAAGCUCUUAAGGUAUGUUAACAUUUUAAGUUUCUCGAAUUUUAUUCCACAACUCAUAUUUGUUUUUUUCAGAAGAAGCGCGCAGAUGCCGAGCAAGAUCUCAAAAACAAAGAAGCCGAGCAACAACUUCAUGAUGCUGUCGAACGUAUCGGUUCUCGACUCGCUCCACUUGUCCGCCAAGCCGACGAGCUUCUUCACAAUGCUGAAGCUGUUCCAACCGAAUAUGCUCCAACCGCCCAAGAACUUAGCAAAGAACUCGAGAAGGCAAAUGAGCUUAUAACAAGUGCACCAUCGAAUGAUUCACACGUUCAAAGUCUUCUACCAGCAAUUGAAGCUGCAAAACAACUAAUUCCGGCUCUCGAAGAGAAGGCUAAAGUUUGGGAUGAAUUUGUUGCUGCCAGAAAUGAUGUUGAUAGUGUCAUCGAAAAACUUCAAAAAGAUGUGGAAGCUGUUAUUGCUAAACCAAAAAGAUCAAGCGAAGAAGCAGCAGCUGAUUUGGAACAACUCCAAAAGAGCAACAAUCAACGCGAUGAACUCAACAGCAAAGUUGCCAAUUUGCAACAACUCUCUGAAUUGUUGGAUCCACUCGAAAGCGCCUACGCUGAUGUUCGAUUCCUCGAUGUCGAUUCUGAACAAACACAACAUCAAUACGAUGAUGUGCUCAAUGAUUUGGCAACUGAACUCGAAGACGAAAAACUUCUUCGUGAGUCAGCCGAUCAAGUUAUCAAGGAAAUCGAAAACAUCAAGACAAUGAUUGACAACAACGAUCCCGACAAAUCGGUGCUUGACACAAUCGCAAAGACAGAUGUUCCAGCUCUCAAAGCACAAAUCAAUCGUAUUCAAGACAAGAUUGUGAAUGCUGAUGUUUCACGAAAACAUGUUGCAACUGAUCCAAGCAUAGCUGAUGAUUUGAACAAGAAAUUGGAACAACUCGAAUCGGAACUCAGUGAUGCCAUCAAGACUGCCGAAGAAGCUGAUAAAGAACAAUUGAUUUUGCAAUUGACUCUCAAACUCAGCCAACUUCAUCAACUACCAUUGGAUCAAUUGACACCGGAUGAAUUGAAAUCGGCCGAGAAAGAUAUCAACACUUCCUCAUUAUCACCAGAAGAAGCUGCACCACUAUUGGAAAAAAUUCAAUCAUUGCGUGAUGCCAAACAAGAAAAUGAUGCAGCAAGAUCUGAGGCUAAAGACAAAUUGCAAGCUCUUGAAAAACAAGCUGAAGAUGUUAUGGCCAAAGAUGGUGCCAAAAAGAAAAAGAAGGACAAGAAAAAGUCACCAGCUGAAGUUAUUGAUGAACUCAAAAACAAGAUAAUUGAUGCGCAAUCUCUAAUUCCAAAAGUUGAACAAUUGGAAAAAGAUGUAAACCUUCCAGCCGAUGACAAACCAAAAGCAGAAAAUCUUGUUUCGAGUCUUGAAAAUUUUGUUAAGGAUCUUGAAAAACAAGUGAUUGAGAAACAAGCCGACUUAGACCAGCUCAACAAUGCUACUGAUGCGCUUAAACGUCUCGAAGAUGCUUUGGUUGAUGCCGAAAAGAGCGCCGAUGCACUUCCUAAAAACUCGUCGACUCCAUUGAACGAAUUCAAAGAUCGAAUCGCUCCACACAUUGCUGCUCUGGUUGAUGAUAUCAAACAAGUUCCAUCAACUCUUGAAAAUGAUGCUGAAAAUUUGCGCCAACGGGCCAACAAAUUCCAAGACGAUUUGAGCAAGAAUGUGCAAAAAGCUAUCGACGACGAGAAGCGCGUGGACGAGCUCAAGAAAAAUGUAUCUGAUGCAACCAAAAAAUUGGAUGAAAUUUUGCCAAAAUAUCAAAAUCAAUCGCAACCACUUGAUAUUGCCAAACAAGAUGCUGAAAAACUCAAAGACAUCUUGGAUACAUUGAACAAAUUGGCUGAAUUUGAAAAUAUCGAACCACAAGUUGCCAAAGAGCUCAAAGAUUCUCGAUCGAAAAACAAAGAAUUGUUGACCGCUCUUGAGAAAGCUAUUCCACAAGAAGAAGCUCUCCGCCAAGAACAAAAUGCACUCAAUGACAAGUUGGCUGAUCUUCGCCAAAAAUUGUCGAGCGCUGAUGAAUUUGCUCCAGAAAAUGCAUUGCCAAUCGUCAAUAACAUUAUUGAUGAUGCAGCCAAUCUCAAAAAGCAAGCCGGUGAGAACAAGGAAAAAGUCGAAACUCCAAGUGCACUAAUUUCACAUGAAGAUUUGGACAAGACAAUCCCAGAUAAAAUCUUCCAACUUCAACACGAUGCCGACGACAAAAAACAAGCACUUGACAAUGCUGUCAAUGUUCAAGAAGUCGCUCCAAAACUUCAACUUUUGGCUCAACAACUCCAAGCUUUGCCAAACGAGCUUCCAACAAGCAUUGAUGAUCAACAAUCCGCCAUCGAAGACCUUGAAAACAAAAAGCACAAUUUGGAGAACUUGCUUGCUAACUUGCCAGAAAAUGAUCCAGCAGCCGAAGAGUUGCGUCAAAAGAGUGCAUGGGAUUUGUCAAAGAUCAACGAUUUGUUGAAAAAACUCGGAAACGCUGUCGGUGACAAAUUGGCUGCUCUUGCAACUUUCAACGCUGCUCGCAAAAAUGCUGAAGAUACUCUUCUCGACAUCACCAAACAAGAUCCAACAAGUGAUUCACAAAAAUCGCCACAAGAGCUCAUCGAUGAAUUGGCCAGAAAAGAAGAUUCAAUUGCGAAACUUCGAAACACUAUUGAUCAAUUACAACCAGAUCAACUCGAUGAGAAAGAGCGUAAAGAGUACGAUGAUUUGUUGGCACAACUCAACAAUGCCGCUGAAGCUCUUAAGGUAUGUUAACAUUUUAAGUUUCUCGAAUUUUAUUCCACAACUCAUAUUUGUUUUUUUCAGAAGAAGCGCGCAGAUGCCGAGCAAGAUCUCAAAAACAAAGAAGCCGAGCAACAACUUCAUGAUGCUGUCGAACGUAUCGGUUCUCGACUCGCUCCACUUGUCCGCCAAGCCGACGAGCUUCUUCACAAUGCUGAAGCUGUUCCAACCGAAUAUGCUCCAACCGCCCAAGAACUUAGCAAAGAACUCGAGAAGGCAAAUGAGCUUAUAACAAGUGCACCAUCGAAUGAUUCACACGUUCAAAGUCUUCUACCAGCAAUUGAAGCUGCAAAACAACUAAUUCCGGCUCUCGAAGAGAAGGCUAAAGUUUGGGAUGAAUUUGUUGCUGCCAGAAAUGAUGUUGAUAGUGUCAUCGAAAAACUUCAAAAAGAUGUGGAAGCUGUUAUUGCUAAACCAAAAAGAUCAAGCGAAGAAGCAGCAGCUGAUUUGGAACAACUCCAAAAGAGCAACAAUCAACGCGAUGAACUCAACAGCAAAGUUGCCAAUUUGCAACAACUCUCUGAAUUGUUGGAUCCACUCGAAAGCGCCUACGCUGAUGUUCGAUUCCUCGAUGUCGAUUCUGAACAAACACAACAUCAAUACGAUGAUGUGCUCAAUGAUUUGGCAACUGAACUCGAAGACGAAAAACUUCUUCGUGAGUCAGCCGAUCAAGUUAUCAAGGAAAUCGAAAACAUCAAGACAAUGAUUGACAACAACGAUCCCGACAAAUCGGUGCUUGACACAAUCGCAAAGACAGAUGUUCCAGCUCUCAAAGCACAAAUCAAUCGUAUUCAAGACAAGAUUGUGAAUGCUGAUGUUUCACGAAAACAUGUUGCAACUGAUCCAAGCAUAGCUGAUGAUUUGAACAAGAAAUUGGAACAACUCGAAUCGGAACUCAGUGAUGCCAUCAAGACUGCCGAAGAAGCUGAUAAAGAACAAUUGAUUUUGCAAUUGACUCUCAAACUCAGCCAACUUCAUCAACUACCAUUGGAUCAAUUGACACCGGAUGAAUUGAAAUCGGCCGAGAAAGAUAUCAACACUUCCUCAUUAUCACCAGAAGAAGCUGCACCACUAUUGGAAAAAAUUCAAUCAUUGCGUGAUGCCAAACAAGAAAAUGAUGCAGCAAGAUCUGAGGCUAAAGACAAAUUGCAAGCUCUUGAAAAACAAGCUGAAGAUGUUAUGGCCAAAGAUGGUGCCAAAAAGAAAAAGAAGGACAAGAAAAAGUCACCAGCUGAAGUUAUUGAUGAACUCAAAAACAAGAUAAUUGAUGCGCAAUCUCUAAUUCCAAAAGUUGAACAAUUGGAAAAAGAUGUAAACCUUCCAGCCGAUGACAAACCAAAAGCAGAAAAUCUUGUUUCGAGUCUUGAAAAUUUUGUUAAGGAUCUUGAAAAACAAGUGAUUGAGAAACAAGCCGACUUAGACCAGCUCAACAAUGCUACUGAUGCGCUUAAACGUCUCGAAGAUGCUUUGGUUGAUGCCGAAAAGAGCGCCGAUGCACUUCCUAAAAACUCGUCGACUCCAUUGAACGAAUUCAAAGAUCGAAUCGCUCCACACAUUGCUGCUCUGGUUGAUGAUAUCAAACAAGUUCCAUCAACUCUUGAAAAUGAUGCUGAAAAUUUGCGCCAACGGGCCAACAAAUUCCAAGACGAUUUGAGCAAGAAUGUGCAAAAAGCUAUCGACGACGAGAAGCGCGUGGACGAGCUCAAGAAAAAUGUAUCUGAUGCAACCAAAAAAUUGGAUGAAAUUUUGCCAAAAUAUCAAAAUCAAUCGCAACCACUUGAUAUUGCCAAACAAGAUGCUGAAAAACUCAAAGACAUCUUGGAUACAUUGAACAAAUUGGCUGAAUUUGAAAAUAUCGAACCACAAGUUGCCAAAGAGCUCAAAGAUUCUCGAUCGAAAAACAAAGAAUUGUUGACCGCUCUUGAGAAAGCUAUUCCACAAGAAGAAGCUCUCCGCCAAGAACAAAAUGCACUCAAUGACAAGUUGGCUGAUCUUCGCCAAAAAUUGUCGAGCGCUGAUGAAUUUGCUCCAGAAAAUGCAUUGCCAAUCGUCAAUAACAUUAUUGAUGAUGCAGCCAAUCUCAAAAAGCAAGCCGGUGAGAACAAGGAAAAAGUCGAAACUCCAAGUGCACUAAUUUCACAUGAAGAUUUGGACAAGACAAUCCCAGAUAAAAUCUUCCAACUUCAACACGAUGCCGACGACAAAAAACAAGCACUUGACAAUGCUGUCAAUGUUCAAGAAGUCGCUCCAAAACUUCAACUUUUGGCUCAACAACUCCAAGCUUUGCCAAACGAGCUUCCAACAAGCAUUGAUGAUCAACAAUCCGCCAUCGAAGACCUUGAAAACAAAAAGCACAAUUUGGAGAACUUGCUUGCUAACUUGCCAGAAAAUGAUCCAGCAGCCGAAGAGUUGCGUCAAAAGAGUGCAUGGGAUUUGUCAAAGAUCAACGAUUUGUUGAAAAAACUCGGAAACGCUGUCGGUGACAAAUUGGCUGCUCUUGCAACUUUCAACGCUGCUCGCAAAAAUGCUGAAGAUACUCUUCUCGACAUCACCAAACAAGAUCCAACAAGUGAUUCACAAAAAUCGCCACAAGAGCUCAUCGAUGAAUUGGCCAGAAAAGAAGAUUCAAUUGCGAAACUUCGAAACACUAUUGAUCAAUUACAACCAGAUCAACUCGAUGAGAAAGAGCGUAAAGAGUACGAUGAUUUGUUGGCACAACUCAACAAUGCCGCUGAAGCUCUUAAGGUAUGUUAACAUUUUAAGUUUCUCGAAUUUUAUUCCACAACUCAUAUUUGUUUUUUUCAGAAGAAGCGCGCAGAUGCCGAGCAAGAUCUCAAAAACAAAGAAGCCGAGCAACAACUUCAUGAUGCUGUCGAACGUAUCGGUUCUCGACUCGCUCCACUUGUCCGCCAAGCCGACGAGCUUCUUCACAAUGCUGAAGCUGUUCCAACCGAAUAUGCUCCAACCGCCCAAGAACUUAGCAAAGAACUCGAGAAGGCAAAUGAGCUUAUAACAAGUGCACCAUCGAAUGAUUCACACGUUCAAAGUCUUCUACCAGCAAUUGAAGCUGCAAAACAACUAAUUCCGGCUCUCGAAGAGAAGGCUAAAGUUUGGGAUGAAUUUGUUGCUGCCAGAAAUGAUGUUGAUAGUGUCAUCGAAAAACUUCAAAAAGAUGUGGAAGCUGUUAUUGCUAAACCAAAAAGAUCAAGCGAAGAAGCAGCAGCUGAUUUGGAACAACUCCAAAAGAGCAACAAUCAACGCGAUGAACUCAACAGCAAAGUUGCCAAUUUGCAACAACUCUCUGAAUUGUUGGAUCCACUCGAAAGCGCCUACGCUGAUGUUCGAUUCCUCGAUGUCGAUUCUGAACAAACACAACAUCAAUACGAUGAUGUGCUCAAUGAUUUGGCAACUGAACUCGAAGACGAAAAACUUCUUCGUGAGUCAGCCGAUCAAGUUAUCAAGGAAAUCGAAAACAUCAAGACAAUGAUUGACAACAACGAUCCCGACAAAUCGGUGCUUGACACAAUCGCAAAGACAGAUGUUCCAGCUCUCAAAGCACAAAUCAAUCGUAUUCAAGACAAGAUUGUGAAUGCUGAUGUUUCACGAAAACAUGUUGCAACUGAUCCAAGCAUAGCUGAUGAUUUGAACAAGAAAUUGGAACAACUCGAAUCGGAACUCAGUGAUGCCAUCAAGACUGCCGAAGAAGCUGAUAAAGAACAAUUGAUUUUGCAAUUGACUCUCAAACUCAGCCAACUUCAUCAACUACCAUUGGAUCAAUUGACACCGGAUGAAUUGAAAUCGGCCGAGAAAGAUAUCAACACUUCCUCAUUAUCACCAGAAGAAGCUGCACCACUAUUGGAAAAAAUUCAAUCAUUGCGUGAUGCCAAACAAGAAAAUGAUGCAGCAAGAUCUGAGGCUAAAGACAAAUUGCAAGCUCUUGAAAAACAAGCUGAAGAUGUUAUGGCCAAAGAUGGUGCCAAAAAGAAAAAGAAGGACAAGAAAAAGUCACCAGCUGAAGUUAUUGAUGAACUCAAAAACAAGAUAAUUGAUGCGCAAUCUCUAAUUCCAAAAGUUGAACAAUUGGAAAAAGAUGUAAACCUUCCAGCCGAUGACAAACCAAAAGCAGAAAAUCUUGUUUCGAGUCUUGAAAAUUUUGUUAAGGAUCUUGAAAAACAAGUGAUUGAGAAACAAGCCGACUUAGACCAGCUCAACAAUGCUACUGAUGCGCUUAAACGUCUCGAAGAUGCUUUGGUUGAUGCCGAAAAGAGCGCCGAUGCACUUCCUAAAAACUCGUCGACUCCAUUGAACGAAUUCAAAGAUCGAAUCGCUCCACACAUUGCUGCUCUGGUUGAUGAUAUCAAACAAGUUCCAUCAACUCUUGAAAAUGAUGCUGAAAAUUUGCGCCAACGGGCCAACAAAUUCCAAGACGAUUUGAGCAAGAAUGUGCAAAAAGCUAUCGACGACGAGAAGCGCGUGGACGAGCUCAAGAAAAAUGUAUCUGAUGCAACCAAAAAAUUGGAUGAAAUUUUGCCAAAAUAUCAAAAUCAAUCGCAACCACUUGAUAUUGCCAAACAAGAUGCUGAAAAACUCAAAGACAUCUUGGAUACAUUGAACAAAUUGGCUGAAUUUGAAAAUAUCGAACCACAAGUUGCCAAAGAGCUCAAAGAUUCUCGAUCGAAAAACAAAGAAUUGUUGACCGCUCUUGAGAAAGCUAUUCCACAAGAAGAAGCUCUCCGCCAAGAACAAAAUGCACUCAAUGACAAGUUGGCUGAUCUUCGCCAAAAAUUGUCGAGCGCUGAUGAAUUUGCUCCAGAAAAUGCAUUGCCAAUCGUCAAUAACAUUAUUGAUGAUGCAGCCAAUCUCAAAAAGCAAGCCGGUGAGAACAAGGAAAAAGUCGAAACUCCAAGUGCACUAAUUUCACAUGAAGAUUUGGACAAGACAAUCCCAGAUAAAAUCUUCCAACUUCAACACGAUGCCGACGACAAAAAACAAGCACUUGACAAUGCUGUCAAUGUUCAAGAAGUCGCUCCAAAACUUCAACUUUUGGCUCAACAACUCCAAGCUUUGCCAAACGAGCUUCCAACAAGCAUUGAUGAUCAACAAUCCGCCAUCGAAGACCUUGAAAACAAAAAGCACAAUUUGGAGAACUUGCUUGCUAACUUGCCAGAAAAUGAUCCAGCAGCCGAAGAGUUGCGUCAAAAGAGUGCAUGGGAUUUGUCAAAGAUCAACGAUUUGUUGAAAAAACUCGGAAACGCUGUCGGUGACAAAUUGGCUGCUCUUGCAACUUUCAACGCUGCUCGCAAAAAUGCUGAAGAUACUCUUCUCGACAUCACCAAACAAGAUCCAACAAGUGAUUCACAAAAAUCGCCACAAGAGCUCAUCGAUGAAUUGGCCAGAAAAGAAGAUUCAAUUGCGAAACUUCGAAACACUAUUGAUCAAUUACAACCAGAUCAACUCGAUGAGAAAGAGCGUAAAGAGUACGAUGAUUUGUUGGCACAACUCAACAAUGCCGCUGAAGCUCUUAAGGUAUGUUAACAUUUUAAGUUUCUCGAAUUUUAUUCCACAACUCAUAUUUGUUUUUUUCAGAAGAAGCGCGCAGAUGCCGAGCAAGAUCUCAAAAACAAAGAAGCCGAGCAACAACUUCAUGAUGCUGUCGAACGUAUCGGUUCUCGACUCGCUCCACUUGUCCGCCAAGCCGACGAGCUUCUUCACAAUGCUGAAGCUGUUCCAACCGAAUAUGCUCCAACCGCCCAAGAACUUAGCAAAGAACUCGAGAAGGCAAAUGAGCUUAUAACAAGUGCACCAUCGAAUGAUUCACACGUUCAAAGUCUUCUACCAGCAAUUGAAGCUGCAAAACAACUAAUUCCGGCUCUCGAAGAGAAGGCUAAAGUUUGGGAUGAAUUUGUUGCUGCCAGAAAUGAUGUUGAUAGUGUCAUCGAAAAACUUCAAAAAGAUGUGGAAGCUGUUAUUGCUAAACCAAAAAGAUCAAGCGAAGAAGCAGCAGCUGAUUUGGAACAACUCCAAAAGAGCAACAAUCAACGCGAUGAACUCAACAGCAAAGUUGCCAAUUUGCAACAACUCUCUGAAUUGUUGGAUCCACUCGAAAGCGCCUACGCUGAUGUUCGAUUCCUCGAUGUCGAUUCUGAACAAACACAACAUCAAUACGAUGAUGUGCUCAAUGAUUUGGCAACUGAACUCGAAGACGAAAAACUUCUUCGUGAGUCAGCCGAUCAAGUUAUCAAGGAAAUCGAAAACAUCAAGACAAUGAUUGACAACAACGAUCCCGACAAAUCGGUGCUUGACACAAUCGCAAAGACAGAUGUUCCAGCUCUCAAAGCACAAAUCAAUCGUAUUCAAGACAAGAUUGUGAAUGCUGAUGUUUCACGAAAACAUGUUGCAACUGAUCCAAGCAUAGCUGAUGAUUUGAACAAGAAAUUGGAACAACUCGAAUCGGAACUCAGUGAUGCCAUCAAGACUGCCGAAGAAGCUGAUAAAGAACAAUUGAUUUUGCAAUUGACUCUCAAACUCAGCCAACUUCAUCAACUACCAUUGGAUCAAUUGACACCGGAUGAAUUGAAAUCGGCCGAGAAAGAUAUCAACACUUCCUCAUUAUCACCAGAAGAAGCUGCACCACUAUUGGAAAAAAUUCAAUCAUUGCGUGAUGCCAAACAAGAAAAUGAUGCAGCAAGAUCUGAGGCUAAAGACAAAUUGCAAGCUCUUGAAAAACAAGCUGAAGAUGUUAUGGCCAAAGAUGGUGCCAAAAAGAAAAAGAAGGACAAGAAAAAGUCACCAGCUGAAGUUAUUGAUGAACUCAAAAACAAGAUAAUUGAUGCGCAAUCUCUAAUUCCAAAAGUUGAACAAUUGGAAAAAAGAUGUAAACCUUCCAGCCGAUGACAAACCAAAAGCAGAAAAUCUUGUUUCGAGUCUUGAAAAUUUUGUUAAGGAUCUUGAAAAACAAGUGAUUGAGAAACAAGCCGACUUAGACCAGCUCAACAAUGCUACUGAUGCGCUUAAACGUCUCGAAGAUGCUUUGGUUGAUGCCGAAAAGAGCGCCGAUGCACUUCCUAAAAACUCGUCGACUCCAUUGAACGAAUUCAAAGAUCGAAUCGCUCCACACAUUGCUGCUCUGGUUGAUGAUAUCAAACAAGUUCCAUCAACUCUUGAAAAUGAUGCUGAAAAUUUGCGCCAACGGGCCAACAAAUUCCAAGACGAUUUGAGCAAGAAUGUGCAAAAAGCUAUCGACGACGAGAAGCGCGUGGACGAGCUCAAGAAAAAUGUAUCUGAUGCAACCAAAAAAUUGGAUGAAAUUUUGCCAAAAUAUCAAAAUCAAUCGCAACCACUUGAUAUUGCCAAACAAGAUGCUGAAAAACUCAAAGACAUCUUGGAUACAUUGAACAAAUUGGCUGAAUUUGAAAAUAUCGAACCACAAGUUGCCAAAGAGCUCAAAGAUUCUCGAUCGAAAAACAAAGAAUUGUUGACCGCUCUUGAGAAAGCUAUUCCACAAGAAGAAGCUCUCCGCCAAGAACAAAAUGCACUCAAUGACAAGUUGGCUGAUCUUCGCCAAAAAUUGUCGAGCGCUGAUGAAUUUGCUCCAGAAAAUGCAUUGCCAAUCGUCAAUAACAUUAUUGAUGAUGCAGCCAAUCUCAAAAAGCAAGCCGGUGAGAACAAGGAAAAAGUCGAAACUCCAAGUGCACUAAUUUCACAUGAAGAUUUGGACAAGACAAUCCCAGAUAAAAUCUUCCAACUUCAACACGAUGCCGACGACAAAAAACAAGCACUUGACAAUGCUGUCAAUGUUCAAGAAGUCGCUCCAAAACUUCAACUUUUGGCUCAACAACUCCAAGCUUUGCCAAACGAGCUUCCAACAAGCAUUGAUGAUCAACAAUCCGCCAUCGAAGACCUUGAAAACAAAAAGCACAAUUUGGAGAACUUGCUUGCUAACUUGCCAGAAAAUGAUCCAGCAGCCGAAGAGUUGCGUCAAAAGAGUGCAUGGGAUUUGUCAAAGAUCAACGAUUUGUUGAAAAAACUCGGAAACGCUGUCGGUGACAAAUUGGCUGCUCUUGCAACUUUCAACGCUGCUCGCAAAAAUGCUGAAGAUACUCUUCUCGACAUCACCAAACAAGAUCCAACAAGUGAUUCACAAAAAUCGCCACAAGAGCUCAUCGAUGAAUUGGCCAGAAAAGAAGAUUCAAUUGCGAAACUUCGAAACACUAUUGAUCAAUUACAACCAGAUCAACUCGAUGAGAAAGAGCGUAAAGAGUACGAUGAUUUGUUGGCACAACUCAACAAUGCCGCUGAAGCUCUUAAGGUAUGUUAACAUUUUAAGUUUCUCGAAUUUUAUUCCACAACUCAUAUUUGUUUUUUUCAGAAGAAGCGCGCAGAUGCCGAGCAAGAUCUCAAAAACAAAGAAGCCGAGCAACAACUUCAUGAUGCUGUCGAACGUAUCGGUUCUCGACUCGCUCCACUUGUCCGCCAAGCCGACGAGCUUCUUCACAAUGCUGAAGCUGUUCCAACCGAAUAUGCUCCAACCGCCCAAGAACUUAGCAAAGAACUCGAGAAGGCAAAUGAGCUUAUAACAAGUGCACCAUCGAAUGAUUCACACGUUCAAAGUCUUCUACCAGCAAUUGAAGCUGCAAAACAACUAAUUCCGGCUCUCGAAGAGAAGGCUAAAGUUUGGGAUGAAUUUGUUGCUGCCAGAAAUGAUGUUGAUAGUGUCAUCGAAAAACUUCAAAAAGAUGUGGAAGCUGUUAUUGCUAAACCAAAAAGAUCAAGCGAAGAAGCAGCAGCUGAUUUGGAACAACUCCAAAAGAGCAACAAUCAACGCGAUGAACUCAACAGCAAAGUUGCCAAUUUGCAACAACUCUCUGAAUUGUUGGAUCCACUCGAAAGCGCCUACGCUGAUGUUCGAUUCCUCGAUGUCGAUUCUGAACAAACACAACAUCAAUACGAUGAUGUGCUCAAUGAUUUGGCAACUGAACUCGAAGACGAAAAACUUCUUCGUGAGUCAGCCGAUCAAGUUAUCAAGGAAAUCGAAAACAUCAAGACAAUGAUUGACAACAACGAUCCCGACAAAUCGGUGCUUGACACAAUCGCAAAGACAGAUGUUCCAGCUCUCAAAGCACAAAUCAAUCGUAUUCAAGACAAGAUUGUGAAUGCUGAUGUUUCACGAAAACAUGUUGCAACUGAUCCAAGCAUAGCUGAUGAUUUGAACAAGAAAUUGGAACAACUCGAAUCGGAACUCAGUGAUGCCAUCAAGACUGCCGAAGAAGCUGAUAAAGAACAAUUGAUUUUGCAAUUGACUCUCAAACUCAGCCAACUUCAUCAACUACCAUUGGAUCAAUUGACACCGGAUGAAUUGAAAUCGGCCGAGAAAGAUAUCAACACUUCCUCAUUAUCACCAGAAGAAGCUGCACCACUAUUGGAAAAAAUUCAAUCAUUGCGUGAUGCCAAACAAGAAAAUGAUGCAGCAAGAUCUGAGGCUAAAGACAAAUUGCAAGCUCUUGAAAAACAAGCUGAAGAUGUUAUGGCCAAAGAUGGUGCCAAAAAGAAAAAGAAGGACAAGAAAAAGUCACCAGCUGAAGUUAUUGAUGAACUCAAAAACAAGAUAAUUGAUGCGCAAUCUCUAAUUCCAAAAGUUGAACAAUUGGAAAAAGAUGUAAACCUUCCAGCCGAUGACAAACCAAAAGCAGAAAAUCUUGUUUCGAGUCUUGAAAAUUUUGUUAAGGAUCUUGAAAAACAAGUGAUUGAGAAACAAGCCGACUUAGACCAGCUCAACAAUGCUACUGAUGCGCUUAAACGUCUCGAAGAUGCUUUGGUUGAUGCCGAAAAGAGCGCCGAUGCACUUCCUAAAAACUCGUCGACUCCAUUGAACGAAUUCAAAGAUCGAAUCGCUCCACACAUUGCUGCUCUGGUUGAUGAUAUCAAACAAGUUCCAUCAACUCUUGAAAAUGAUGCUGAAAAUUUGCGCCAACGGGCCAACAAAUUCCAAGACGAUUUGAGCAAGAAUGUGCAAAAAGCUAUCGACGACGAGAAGCGCGUGGACGAGCUCAAGAAAAAUGUAUCUGAUGCAACCAAAAAAUUGGAUGAAAUUUUGCCAAAAUAUCAAAAUCAAUCGCAACCACUUGAUAUUGCCAAACAAGAUGCUGAAAAACUCAAAGACAUCUUGGAUACAUUGAACAAAUUGGCUGAAUUUGAAAAUAUCGAACCACAAGUUGCCAAAGAGCUCAAAGAUUCUCGAUCGAAAAACAAAGAAUUGUUGACCGCUCUUGAGAAAGCUAUUCCACAAGAAGAAGCUCUCCGCCAAGAACAAAAUGCACUCAAUGACAAGUUGGCUGAUCUUCGCCAAAAAUUGUCGAGCGCUGAUGAAUUUGCUCCAGAAAAUGCAUUGCCAAUCGUCAAUAACAUUAUUGAUGAUGCAGCCAAUCUCAAAAAGCAAGCCGGUGAGAACAAGGAAAAAGUCGAAACUCCAAGUGCACUAAUUUCACAUGAAGAUUUGGACAAGACAAUCCCAGAUAAAAUCUUCCAACUUCAACACGAUGCCGACGACAAAAAACAAGCACUUGACAAUGCUGUCAAUGUUCAAGAAGUCGCUCCAAAACUUCAACUUUUGGCUCAACAACUCCAAGCUUUGCCAAACGAGCUUCCAACAAGCAUUGAUGAUCAACAAUCCGCCAUCGAAGACCUUGAAAACAAAAAGCACAAUUUGGAGAACUUGCUUGCUAACUUGCCAGAAAAUGAUCCAGCAGCCGAAGAGUUGCGUCAAAAGAGUGCAUGGGAUUUGUCAAAGAUCAACGAUUUGUUGAAAAAACUCGGAAACGCUGUCGGUGACAAAUUGGCUGCUCUUGCAACUUUCAACGCUGCUCGCAAAAAUGCUGAAGAUACUCUUCUCGACAUCACCAAACAAGAUCCAACAAGUGAUUCACAAAAAUCGCCACAAGAGCUCAUCGAUGAAUUGGCCAGAAAAGAAGAUUCAAUUGCGAAACUUCGAAAAACUAUUGAUCAAUUACAACCAGAUCAACUCGAUGAGAAACAACGUAAAGAGUACGAUGAUUUGUUGGCACAACUCAACAAUGCCGCUGAAGCUCUUAAGGUAUGUUAACAUUUUAAAUUUCUCGAAUUUUUUACCAUGACUCAUAUUUGGGUAAAAACACAUAACAUCCCCCGCCUGAUUGUGCCCCCCCCCAUACUUGGCAAAGUGAGCCCUUCUCCAAAAUCCCAAAUUACGGUAGCACCCAAGAAACUCACAAAUGAUUACUUUUUUUCAUUUUUAAAUCAUUUUUUCACCAAGAUACUUGUCCAUAUCCACAAAAACAAAAUAUAUUAGCCUUCUUGCCUCAAAGUUCUAACAACCUUUGGAACCAACACAUGUCUGAAUCAUAUUUCAAAAAAAAAAGAAAUAUUAUUUCUCCCGACCUCAAAGCUUUAAAAAAAAGAUUCUAAAACUUCCUUUCAAAAGCAUCCUCUAUUCGAAUGCAAAUCAGUUUUAAAAAUUUCGAACUCUACAGAACUCCCCCGACUAAAACUUAACUACUCAAUCGAACCCCAAAAAAGUCCUAACCUUUGAAAUUUUGAUCGUUCCUCGAUCAUCUUAUCGCUCAAAAUUGAUGUAUUCCUUCAUGCUUUCCAACGAAAAUCAUCUCGAAUAUUUUCAUCCACGACUAAUCUGAAAAAUAUUUUCAAUUUAAUGUUAGGAAUUUUUUAAAUUUAACAAAAAAAAUUAUUUCGCGGUGUUUUAGAUGAAAAAACACAAAUAAUCGUAAGUUUACUUGAAGAGAGGUGUGAAUAUUGGAAAGCUCUGAAGGUAAUAGACCUAAGAUUGUAGUGAGAUGAUUAUUUUUGGUUUCAGUUUUGGGAUAAAAUUUAAAAUCUAUAGAAUCUCCAGUUUUUUGUGAUUCGAAAUUUGUUUAUCAAAUUCAUUAUAUAUCUUGAAUUAACAUAGUUUGAGUAUAAUUAUCACAAAAAACUAGAGAUUCUAUAGAUUUUAAAUUUUAUCCCAAAAAUGAAACCAAAAAUAGUCAUCUCACUACAAUCUUAGGUCUAUUACCUUCAGAUCUUUCCAAUAUUCACACUCAAAUUAUUUAAAUAUAAAUCUAGGGCACAAAAGUAGGUCGAGCGGACAGACAGAUCACCGUUUGAUAUAUAAGAAAAACUAGAAUUCUUAUUUUUAAAUGAUUUUUAAAUUUUUUUUUUUAAAUGUCACGUUCAAAUAUCAAAAUGUGUUUCUAUUCUUACAAUUUCACAGAAAAACAAGAAGGGGAGACGAGGUUUUAAUGAAAUUGUGGGGGAAUCCAAAUUAAUUUGCUAAGUAUGGAGCUACUCUCAUCCAUAUUUGUUUUUUUCAGAAGAAGCGCGCGGAUGCCGAGCAAGAUCUCAAAAACAAAGAAGCCGAGCAACAACUUCAUGAUGCUGUCGAACGUAUCGGUUCUCGACUCGCUCCACUUGUCCGCCGAGCCGACGAGCUUCUUCACAAUGCUGAAGCUGUUCCAACCGAAUAUGCUCCAACCGCCCAAGAACUUAGCAAAGAACUCGAGAAGGCAAAUGAGCUUAUAACAAGUGCACCAUCGAAUGAUUCACACGUUCAAAGUCUUCUACCAGCAAUUGAAGCUGCAAAACAACUAAUUCCGGCUCUCGAAGAGAAAACUAAUUUAUGGAGUGAAUUUACGUUGUCAAGAGACGCAUUGUAUGAGGAUCUCGAAAAUCUUGAGAACAGUGUAAGCGAUGUGUUGAAUAGACCUCGAUUACCGGUCUCUCAAGCAGAACAAAGAUUGAAAAAAAUGAAGGUUUGUGCUCAUAUAUUUAUUACUGUCAGUAAUUACCUUUUUUGUAGGAUCAAUACAAAAUUCUUGAUAAUAUUCGAGAGAUGAAACGGAGUAUCGAUCAAAUUGGAACAAAUUUACAACCAUUGAACAUAGCCGAAGAUGAGUUACGCUAUCUGUCGGUUCAUGUGGAAAGUGUCGAAAGACAAUAUGAGGUAUGCAAGGUUUCACUGUGCAAAGAUAAUCAUCAAUUUCAGGAUACAAUGGACACACUUAAUGCUGAAAUAACAGCAGAAAUCGAAUUGUUAAGAACACUGGAUAUUUUAUCCAAUGAGUUAUCUCAAUGUAAAGAAGAUUUGAAUGCAUUGUCUCCGGAUGUUGACGAACAGGUAAGACAUUUUGAUUAUGACAGAUUUCUAUUUAUUUUUAUGCAGAGUCGUGCCACACUAUUGAGCGAUGUUAUGGCUCAUCUCGAAAAUCAGAAAGCAAUUGUUGAAAGGAGCGAGACUGAUCGAAAAUUCGUAGAAAGCAGCACAUCUGCGGAUCUCGAUCGUCUUCUCGCGGAAGCCAAGAGACUUCUGAAAGAAAUUGAACCUAGAAUCCAAGCAAAAUUGGAGCUCGGAGAUGACAUAGAAAAAGAAGGAUAUAAUGUAGAUGCAGCCGCUGAAGUUUUGUCAGCACUAUACCCGGAUCAGCAUCCGUAUGAGGUACUCGCAGAUCAUGGAAUCGAUGGUUUGCCAUCUGAUUCUGAAACUCAAAGCGAGUUUGAUUCAACUGAUAGCCGUUCUGAUGGAUUACUUUCCCCAAUUCCUGAUGAUUCGGCAUUAGAUGAACAGCAACUUCGAAAACAACGUUCUCGUUGGAGACGGGUUUUGAGAACAGCAUUGCCACUUCAGGUUUGUCUUUAAAAUUCGAAUUCACGUGCAAACAAAUCAUUUUACAGGCCUUGCUGGUUUUAUUGAUGGGCGCUGCGUGCUUGGUCCCACAUUGUGACGACGAAUAUUGUUGUCAACUUCUCAAUAAUUUUGCUAAAAGCUUUGAUCCAUCAUUGGAAUUUAUUAACGGGCCUCCGCCAUUUUAA